GUGAACAUGGGUUUUGAAAUUCUUUUCCAUUCCCUGACUGUGAUGUUUCCACUUUAAUUGGCAUUAUCGUCAAAAAUAUUUUACACGCCUUGUCCUGCAGCUUCUGCCAAAACUUACCACAGGCAGCUGGGAUCUAGAACACUUAGUACGGAGUAGAAUCAACAAGAAAAUGGCCAGCAAGAUUAUUAGCAGUGUACUUGUUACGGGGUCUAACAGAGGAAUUGGAUUUGAGCUGGUUAAAGCCUUUCUAGAAAAGGCUAAUCCUCCUCAGCAUAUUUUUGGUACUUGUCGUAAUCCAACAGGAGCUCAGGUAAAAAAAUAAGCCUGUCACAUACUUUGCAAGUGUCCCUCUCGGAGGCUAAACUCUUUGUGUCUAUUUCUCACUUCUGUGUCCUUGUCUCCAGGGGAUCCCAAAAAUAUAUGGUGUGCAUGCAUUUGUCAUAGAGUUACACAGCAAUGCAACUAACAGUAAUUGCAGUGGAUCUGUUUGUAAUAGCUGUACAGAAAUAUAAUAAACGGUAGUGGUAGUGUGCAUAGGUUUGAAACAAAGCAGCAAAAGAAAUUCAACUUAUACAGGAUCGCACAGAGUGUAUGUGUGAAUCCCAGUGCUCCAGUGCUCCAGUGCUCCAAAGAAAUGAAACUCACAAUAAUGCAAUCUUCACAUCAGUCCUGAGUCCACAUUUGGGUCACCAUUUUGUGUGUCUUCUCUGGAGUCCUGAUUCUGGUGACACCAUUGAAAUGUUCCCAAAAGGUGCUGUGAGAAUGUCAUUAAAAUCACUCUGUUGGUAAUCAAUAUGCCAUCCUAAAUAUUAAUACUUUUAAUGGAAAAUUAUUUUCUGCAGUGUUGCAAUUUUCCCUUGAAAACCCGAUGUUUCCUCCCCAUGUUCCUUCUUUUUCAGACACUUUUCUGCACAUCAUAGGACUUUAGAAAUGGAAACAUCUAAAUAUUCUUGUUCUAGGACAAUCCAAGGCUUAGCAGCUGAUGUAGACCGAUUAAUAAUUUGAGAAAGAUCAGAGGCGCAGUAGUAGUAAUAAAAAUAAGGCAAACCAGUGGCUUUCUGGUCUCUGGGAUUUGUUAAAUAUGUAUAUGUUAUUCUAGUGGGUUUCCCAUUUGAUAUAAAGUAAAUAAUAAUAUGUAAAAGAGUCGAAAAAAGGAGGCGCUAGCCGAGGCAGGUCCGACUUGCGGCCUAACGGUUGAUGCGGGGCUGGGGACAUGGCCGGUCCUCCAGUCCUGAAGUUCUGCAGAUGCAGAACCCCCCCUUUUGGACCGUUGGGGGUCAUCACGGUCCACCACGGCACCCUCACAAGCCCGAACAUCUACACGCAAGCCCUGUUGGGCGGGCGCGGGCGGGAGGAGGCAACAGCUCUCCGUUACCUAAGUUGGUGGCGGACAGCAUCACGGUUCUCACUCACCCUGAUAGCAAACCCUCGUGGAGUACCCAAGAUAGCCGCUACUUCUGCUGACCUGCGGUGAAGCCAGAUUCCAUGUGUCCUUUGAAGCCCUGUGUGCAGCCUUCUGGACCUGAAUCGAGUUUCACCAGCAGCAACACACAUCCGCUACGGCUGGACCCGCGGAGGUCUCCUGCGGUGUUCCGGUGCUUCCUCCCUCCUCUGGGCAGAGAAACAAGACGUCCACAGACACAUCGGCCAUUCACAACCACAUGGGACUGCCUCACCGAGAGGCUUACCGACAUGUGGAGUGAAGAUGCAAAUAAGCAACCAUCCAAACCCCUGCUGUCUGGGAGAUCCUCACCUGUGGCGAGAAAACAGCGGAGAACUCGCACAGCACCUUGUGACUGACAGCGGAUCUGGCACCCAAGUACAACAAAACUGUGGCAUUGGCUGAAGGGGCUAUCCCUCACUCAUCUUUAUAGGGACUUCUUACUACCUACACUGUUUUGCCUCCAGCUAUCUCACUCUUGGGAACUCUGUGCCAUUAUCGCCUAGUUGAUCUGAACUCAAUGUUCUAUCUGGUGGUAUAUCUCAUCUCUAAGCAUGUUUAUAGUUGACCUUAUAAGCCUGAGUGCCCAUCCUGUCAGAUUAUUCAGCCUGUCUAUAUAGCUAUCAGUCAUUUACUGAUUUAUCAAAUGCAUGUUUAUUCCUUGUUUCUCUUUUGGUGCAGCAUAUUUUGCAUAAGCAUACUUACACACAUCUUGUUAACAUGACAUAAAAAUAAAGAAUUAUAAAAAAAAAAACUCUUUGAUCCAUCUAUCACAAGACUUUCCAUGUUUCUGUAUUUCCUUAUAAUUUCUCCUUUCUCCAGGUAGUUAUGUACACGACAAAUGAUAUCACUGGGUAAGGAGUUAGUUAUGUUAAGGGGCUUAUAUAGCCUGUAAGCAUGAUUCAACAGGUAUUUCUGCAUUUGCUUGUGUGACAGUAGUCACCAUCACUGGGAACAGAAGAUAGGCACUUUAUGUAGGUCCCCUGUUAACUCAUCUGUUUUAGUAACCGUGUGCCUAUUACAGGUGCAGGAUGUGUAUAAUGUAUUUGUUUGGUGUUAAAUGUUUUGUGUGCUCACAUGUCUUGCUGUUGCUUCCAAUCAACUAGGUGAAUUUGGCUAUGGGGCCUGCAGAGUGCCAUCUAUUGGUCAUUAGGAUCAAACAACAACUAUAUGCACUACCUGAAUAGCAAGGCUGGUUAAUUUGCAUGUUCAGAUAGAUUUGCAUAUUAUGAAUUCUGCAGGUAGGGGAGCUAUUUAGUGUUGGUUAUUGUCUCACCCACCCAGUUUUAAAUAUGUUUAUGCAUUAUUAUUAGUUACUGUAAGUCUUCCCAAUUAGUUAUUUGUAUUUUGUUGAACUUGUCACAAGUUAAAUGUAAAGUGCAUAUAGGCUAGUCCUGAAUAAAAAUAAAGCUGUGUGUCUUAGCUCAUUCAGGAACUAUGUGUCUUGAUUGAUUUGUUCAGGGAACCCAUUAAUAGAGGUGUCAUACCUACUGGCUGGCUGCCUGCUUGGCCCCUGUAGCCUAGGACAAGUAAAAAAAGAGCUAGGCUUGAGAGCCACAAGUGCCUUUGUAAAGGCAGUAGCUGCUCACAGUGCUGAAAAAUUCCACAUUCCAAAAAAGUCUUUCCUCUGAAUUGGUAUUUUUUUUGUCCGGUAUUUCUGAAGUUUACGGCCACAACGGGACUGCUUUCCUAUCUCUUUUGGUUCCUACCUCUCAGAAAAAAAGGGAAAAGCUUAUACUUUUUCUCCAAACUCCACUUGAGUCUUAGUCACAAGAGCAUAUGUACAUUUUGCUUCCUCAUUAAGCCUCAUUUGACACUAAAUCACAGGAUCGGCUAUUAAUUAUAUCACUAUAUUUAAUUAUUGCCACUUGGCAUUCAAUCUUAGUACUUCAAGUCAAAACAGUUCAGUAUAAUCAUAUAUGUAGGUGUUGCCUUUCUCUCAGUACUUUAUUUUUAAACAGUUAAAGAUCAAAGCUUAAUUAUUUAAAUCUGUGCAGAAUUGUUUUACAAUUAUCAUAUAAAGUCGUCACCCCUCACUUUAACUUUCACUGGAUGGAAUUUAUAAAAAGCAGAAAUGUUUUUAAAGGUUAAACUUCUCUCUUUAUAACAUCCUACUUGCUUUUUGCAUAGUGAUAUGUCUGUUCUUUUCACUUCUUUUACUACUUGAAAUUCAAGCAUUCACCCAAGAUGGUCUCAAGUAUAUCUGUAAAUUGCACCAUUUUUCAGCUUAACAUUCAGUUACAACUCAUGUCAAAACACAUUGUUCUAAGUUGCAAUACAUGGGUAUUAGCAUUACUCUCAGUACUUCUUCUUUAAAGCAACACUAUAGAGUCAGGAACACAAGCAUGUAUUGCUGACCAUAUGGUGUUAAAAAUGCAUGUAGGGUCCCGGCCCCUCUUUUGCUCUCCUUAAAUAUUAAGAAAAAACUUACCUUAUUUUCCAUGCACAUGGGUCUGCCAGCACUGACCCCACCCCUGAUCUGCCUCCCUGGCUGACAUAAUCAGAAUUGAUCAUCUCUGCCAAUCACAAUGCUUUCGCAUAGUAAAGAGAUCAUCAGUUCUGAUGGUGGGGGCAGUGCCAACUACUGCCCUAGUAAAUCAGCAUCUUUUAUAGAGAUGCAUUAAAUCAAUGAGUCUCAAUGCAGUGCGUAUAGAUGCUGAAUGCACAAAGCAGCUCUAGUGGCAGUUUGAGGAGUGGACACUGGAGGUGUUCCAAGGCAGUAAUGUAAACACUGCCUUUUCUAUGAAAAGGCAGAAUUUACAUUAUGAAGUCUGCAGGGACAUACUAUUCUCUCCAGAACAACUAUGAUAAGCUGUAGUUGUUCUAGUGACUAUAGUGUUCCUUUAAGUCCUAGUUAACUAUUAGACUUAGUUAUUUUAGAUCAUGGAAGAUUUAUAUAGUAUACACUUCUCCUUUCUCAGUACACGUUUCCAUUAUAAGACUAAAGCAAAAUAAGCAAAUAAGCAAGUAAUUUCUCGAGAAACUAUUCCACUUGGCAACCCACUUGACCCUAGGCCAAAAAUAUCAAGUAAAGAAAGUAUUUAUAUUUUACUGCAUGCUGCUUGCAGCUUAAAUGCUGGUAUCUGUUCUCUCAUAAAUUCCUCUAGAUUAGAGUUGAGCGGACACCUGGAUGUUUGGGUUCGGAGGAUUCCGCCGAACUUCGGAAAAAUGUCCGGGUUCAGGAUCGAACUUGACCCCGAACCCAAACCCCAUUGAAGUCAAUGGGGACCCGAACUUUUGGGCACAAAAAUGGCUCUAAAAAAGUCCUAGAGGGCUAGAGGGAUGCAAAAAGAAGUAAAAUGGGGGUAAGAGUAGGACAAGUUCCCUGCAAACAAAUGUGGAUUGUGAAAUCACUUUGGAAGAAUAUAAGUCAAAAUCUAAAGCAUGGCUGUCAGGAGGAUCACCAGAAUUAUCCAUUUGAGAGAGGGUUGGAGUGCAGGGUAUUCUCUUUCAUUGUUCAAACUGAGCUCAACUCCUGAUGCAUGGAGAAAAGGCCUUCACAAGCCUCUGCUAUUGUGUACAUAGUUUAUACUAAGUGACCCAUAGGUUGAGGAGGCGGUGACCGUGGCGGUGUAGGUGGAAGCGGCGGUGGAGGAGGAGGAGGUAGCCAACACUGUUUUUUUUUUUUAAUUGGGGUAGCCCCCAAAAUAUUGGGACAUAUAAAGAAAGAAACAUUUGCGGCCUGCGGUGCAUUUCUUGCAGUCCAGUAACACCAUCAGGUUUUUAAAACUGUCCGUCUCCACCAGACGGAAUGACAGCAUUUCAAAGGCCAGGAAUUUUGAAAUGCUGGCAUUCAGGGCCAGGGAUCGCGGGUGGGUAGGGGGGGUACUUCCGCUUUCUCUCCAGUGGUUGGGAGAUGGACAGCUAAACGCUUCCAUGGGACAGUGUGGAGAUGCUUGGGGACGGUGGCGGAUGUGGUGGCGUUGCUGCCACAUCCUCUGUUUGCGGGGUGGCAGGUGCCACUGUCAUUCCAGAGGUGGAGGAAGAGGCCGAGACAGCAGCAGAAGAGGAAGCAGGAGGAGCCUGAGACCUUUCUUGGUUUUUGAGGUGCUUACUCCACUGCAGCUCAUGCUUUGCAUGUAGAUGCCUGGUCAUGCAGGUUGUGCUCAGGUUUAGAACGUGUAUGCCUCGCUUCAGGCUCUGAUUGCACAGCGUGCAAACCACUAGUGUCUUGUCAUCAGCACAUUGUCUGAAGAACUGCCACGCCAGGGAAUUCCUUGGAGCUGGCUUUGGUGUGCUUGGUCCCUGGGUGCCGUGGCAGUAGCAGGCGUACUGUCUAGGGGAUGGCCGCUCCGCUUUUGCAUCCUGCUCUAGGAGGAGGAGGUGGAUGUGGAGUAGGAGGUUGAGGAGGCGGUGACCGUGGCAGUGUAGGUGGAAGCGGCGGUUUUAGUUUUUUUUAAAUUGAGGUAGCCCCCAAAAUAUUGGGACAUAUAAAACAACAAACAUUUGCGGCCUGUGGUGCAUUUCUUGCAGUCCAAUAACACCAUCAGGUUUUUAAAACUGUCCGUCUCCACCAGACGGAAUGACAGCAUUUCAAAGGCCAAGAAUUUUUAAAUGCUGGCAUUCAGGGCCGGGGAUCGCGGGUGGGUAGGGGGGUACUUCCUCUUUUUCUCCAGUGUUUGGCAGAUGGACAGCUGAACGCUUCCAUGGGACAGAGUGGAGAUGCUGGACAAUUGUGUACCUGGCCUAUGCUGGUGCAGGAACCCACCCUCUGAGCCAUUUGUGAAUGCCUGGCCUGAUAACCGUGGAAAUGACCCCUCUUCCUCCUCCUCUUCCUCCUGUGUCACAUCCUCUUUCAUCAUCGCCCGAAGCGUUUUUCUCUCCUGCAUGUGCAAGGUGGAGUUCCACCUUGUGGGCACGUCGCAUAUGAGGCGGUGACCGGGAAGGCCGAAGUUACGCUGCAGAGCAGACAGGUGAGCAGCAGCAGGGUAAGAAUGCAGCAGCAGGGUGAGAACGCAGGGUGAGAACGCUGCUCGCACUUUCUGCAGCAGCUCUGAUAUAUCUGGGUAUACACCAUGGCGGUGUAGGUGGAAACAGUGGCAGUGGAGGAGGAGGUAGCCAACACUGUUUUUAUUUUUUUUAUUGGGGUAGCCCCCAAAAUAUUGGGACAUAUAAAAAAAGAAAAAGAAGAAUAAGUGCACUUGAGUAUAACAAUGGCUGGGUGAGGCCGGUAUAAAUGUCUAUUCUGCACAAGGUACAAACAAGUCUGAUGGGAUCCAUGCCUCGUUUCUUUUAAUAAACGUGAGCUUGUCCACGUUGGCAGUGGAAAGGCGGCUGCGCUUGUCUGUGAUAACCUUGUGCCGAUCGCACGUCCCCGUAACGGUGACAACGCAUUCUGAUGUCUGCCCUAUCAACUUUCUAUGCUAUUUUCCGCGCCUACCAUUAUGACCACGGGUAACGGGGAAUCAGGGUUCAAUUCCAGAGAGGGAGCCUGAGAAACGGCUACUACAUGCAAAAAAAAGGCAGCAGGCAUGCAAAUUACCCACUCCUGACGCGGGGAGGUAGUGAUGACAAACAACAAUACACUACUCUUUCGAGGCCCUGUAACUUUAAAUCCUUUAACUUGGAUCAACUGGAGGACAAGUCUGGUGCAAAGCAACUGAAGCAUGCGUGCUGCAGCUGAAACUCCACUAUCGCCUGCAGCUGCUCGCUGAAGCCGCAUCAGGUUCCUGGUAUGUGGCUGCACAAACGCUGGUGCUCAACACCAGGGGGCGUGUGGUUACCCUGCACCAGACCCUGCUAAUGCAUUCCACACUGUGACUCCUAACUUUAACGUCAGGCAUACUGGGUGCCGGUCGUCCGACUUCCGCCCAGACAGUGUCUGGGUCCCAGUCACCGGACUGCCCCCCUGACUGGGAAACUGCGAAUGGCUCAUUAAAUCUGUUAUGGUUCCUUUUAUCACUCCAUCUGUUACUUGGAUAACUGUGGGAAUUCUAAAGAUAAUACAUGACGACGAGCGCUAGGGGAUGGCCACUCCGCUUUUGCACCGUGCUCCCUCUUAUACUGUGCUAGUGCCUCUGUGCGACCAACUCCUCUUCCUCCAAACUGCACACGUCACUCACAUGACCUUCAUUCCACGUUGUUUUGGUGUUUGGUUUUUAAUUUUGUAGUGGUGUCUUUACACAAUAUAGAAAUGUAUAUUAAUGCUUCUGUAUAUGAAGCGAUCACAAUAACACUUAUUUUUCACUUUUUUAAAAAGUCUUUAGACUUUCUUGAGAAGUGGUAACUAGCCAGUGUUGCACACAUACACCAGAUAUGAAGUGCACACCCCAAAUGUACUAUUUAGCACCUAAAGAAUUUGAAUUUUUAAAACUGCGCUGUAACCACAGUAUUUGACGGUUCUAUUUGACUCUCAGAAAUGAAGUGCACCGCAGGCCGCAAAUGUACUAUUUAGCAGGAAAAAAAUUGAAUUUUUAAAACUGCACUGUAAAGCACAGAUGUUGUCCACUGAGCUACCAGAACAGGAUUACAGUAAUGUGUCUGGCACACAUGCCGUUGUAAGUGCACUGCACUCUCUGUGGCACUGGGCUCAGGGUAGGGUACAAAAAUGUAGUAUUAUAGCACCCCCAAAAAUAAUCGCUGUAGUUUGAAUAAUCGCUGUAGUUUGCAGAUUCAACACUAGAACUCUUUCCUAAUCUGUCCCUCACAGCUGCAGAAUCCUCUCCCUACACUAAUAAGAGCUCAUGUGCGUGCAGCGCUACACAACUCCAGCUUAUAUAUAGAGGCUGGGUCACAUUCUGCACUGGCCAAUCACAGCCAUGCCAUUAGUAGGCAUGGCUGUGAUGGCUUCUAAGGGCACACGAGUCAAACGUUUGCUGAUUGGCUGCCCUGCAGCAUUUCAAAACGCGCCAUUAAAUCGCAGAACACCAAACUCCAACCCGAACAUACACUGAUAUGUCCAAAAAACGUAAUGUUCAGUAUGAACCCGAACUUUACAGUCCGGGUUCGCUCAACUCUACUCUGGAUCCAAAUUUGUCAUUUUAGGCAUUUUAUCAAAAUCCAACCUAUAAAGCUUGCCUCUCAAACUUCUCAGUAUGAGAUUCGCAAAUCCAUUUUGCAUUUGUGGAACCAUACAGAACUCCUCACACAAUGGUACAUAAAGAACUUUAUGCCAAUUAUUUAUUUUUUCCAUUUUGUAGUAAGUAUUUACUCAUAGUAGAUAUCUAAUUCAAGACGAAGCAAGUCAACUUCAAAUUUUACUGUUUAGUAUCCCCGUAAGAUGGUGAAGGGCCAUUCUCUUAAUCGUCCUACCAGCCAUCCCCACCUCAACACUUAACUGAGCCAUCGUAACUUCUCCCUAGCAGGAUUAACGAUACAGUGACCUAUGGCAUCUUUCUGUGGCCUUUUUUGCUUGAUUUAUUUCUUUAUACAUGCUAUAUAUAGACAACAGAGCUGCUUUACAAUGCAACAGCAUCAAAUUUGUUUUAAAAUGUAUUAAAUGAUUGUAUACGUUUUUGUAUUUGUAUAAAUACGUUACCUAGUACAUAAAUAGCAACAAAUAGAUAACGUCACCUUAUUAGUAAUGAUAUACAUCAAAUCUUCUUUUCCUAUAACGUAUCAACAUUUAACACGUGAUUUUUUUUUAUCAUUUAAAAUGCUGUGUGGUAUAUAAUUAAUGAGCUUUCAUGAUGUGGUUAUGAUGGACUGUGAUUUUCUAUUUAUGAUCAUCCUCUAUUCCAUUUUUUGUUUGGUACCAUGGAGCAUCUUAACUAAACAUAAUUGGACAUAUUCUAGGAUAGCAUUUGCAUCUGUAAUUUGACAUUUAUAAAGAUAUGUAUUCUCUGAGGUAAUUGUGACUACACAAAAGCUGGACUUUUGGACAUCAUUGAAUUUUCAAUUCCAUUCAGUUCUCAAUUUUCUAUUCAUAAACAAGGCUAUACAUAGGACACAAGGUCACGCAUUAAGGCUGGAAGAAAGGAGAUUUCAUCUAAGGCAAUGAAAAGGGUUUUUUUACAGUAAGAGUAAUAAGGAUAUGGAAUUCGGGAUUAUUCUAACCUUAGUGACCGAAUAAUCUAAAUUUUAUUAAAGACAGGAGGCGAAUAUUUGCUUUUACUUUCUUUACUGUUACUCCCAGCAGCAAAGAAACAGUUAACAGUAAGUAGAAAAAAUUUAACCAAUCAGAGUGUACAAUAGAUUAUGUCCAGUCAUCAGGCUCCUCCCAAUUCCUCUUUCGUGAUGCAGCCGACCGCCGUAGAAUCAACCAUGUAAACGGUGAAACAAUAAACGUCUCAAUUGUAGUCAACCAUGUAAACGAUGUGGGAACAUAGGUAAUUCCUCGAGAUGUAGUGAAGAGUUCUCACACUAGGAAAAAAGAGAGAGAGGUCGUGAAAGUAUGGUUUCUUAGGUAAAGGAAAAACAAUACCUAAUUACGUUAUCUGAUAUGUUUCCAACAAGUUGUACAGUCCUAGUUUGACAAGUGUUAAAUUAUGAGAUAGUGAGUGUAGUAUCCGUAAAGGUAGUUGUAGGAGAGGCCUGAAGCGUAGGUUAUGAAACAUUGGUGUAGGCAGUAGAGGUGUUGUGGAAUACUUACCUAGUUGGGUUGGGUGUGUGUAUUAGCGGGUGGGAAAAUAUUCGCCUCCUGUAUUUAAUAAAAUUUAGAUUAUUCGGUCACUAAGGUUAGAAUAAUCCCGAAUUUUAUGGCAAGACAGGAGGCUUCAUAUUUGCUGUUUUAAAGCGAUGAUAUAAUGGCAUUAGAUACAUGAGGGGGUUGUCUAAAAUAAAAAGUUCGGAAGGUGGAUUCUCUAGACCAAUCAGCGGAAGUGAGGAUCUCCGUUAGGGAGCCUCCAGAUGUAAGUGCAGACGAGGCGGCCGCGCCUCUGACUGAGUGAGCACCAAAACAUGGGUCGAUACCAGCUAGGACUAGAAGCCAUUUGAUCCAACGAGCAAUCGUGGGACAUGACACUGGCUUGUGAGGUCGAACGUAGGAUACCAGUAGGGGUCCCGUUCGUGGUCUAAGGUCCUUGGUGCGGAGGAUGUAGUGUUUGACACAACUAGCUACGCAGAGCAUGGGUUUGUCGUGAAAAUAAGGGUAGCUUACUGUAGAUGAAUUGGUUUUGGUGCGUCGGGUAAUGGAGAAGUGCACCUCAGGGGUAAAGUCCACCGCGUGGACAUCAAACGCUCUGAUGUCCGAAACUCUUCUAAACGAUACCAAACAGAGCAGUAGUGCCAGUUUGGCCGACAAUUGUCGAAGAGAGAGCUCUCCGUUAGGAGGCCACUCCUCCAAAAAUGAUAAUACUAUAGUAACAUCCCAAAAUUGAUUAUAUUUGGGUGCCGGUGGUCUCGCAAGGCGCAUGCCUCGCAGAAGUCUACAUAUGGAGGGGUGUUUACCAACCGCGGAGUUAUCAACCAGGCUAUGGGCUGCCGAAAUGGCUGAACGGACAACGUUAAUUGACCGAUAAGACUUACCCUGUUUGAAAAGUGACGCCAGGAAGUUCAUAAUGUUGAUCAGAGAAGUUGAAAAGGGAUCAGCGUCCCUCUCCAAGCACCAGCUAUUCCAGCAUUGCCACGCUGAGAGAUAAGAGCGUCUUGUGCCCGGUGCCCAAGAGUCCCAUAGUAGUUUUUGAGCAGUAGUCGAAAGGCCUGAGACAUUCCAGGAUCCCCUGAAAUGGUCCAGGCCACUAACCGAAGGUGACCUUGUAGUGCUAGUGGAUGGAAAUUGCCUGAGGGGUUCCCUGAGGAGAUUGUAAGAGGUGGGUAGGAGUAGGGGGUAGUCCACUGACAUCUCCAGGAGAUACGGGAACCAAGGUUGAGUUCGCCACAGCGGGGUUACCAGAAUUAUGGUGACGCCCUGAGUUCUGAGAUAUUGAAUCGUGCGAGGAAUCAUGGAGAAUGGGGGAAAGGCAUACGCUCCGGAUGUUGGCCAUGGUUGGAGAAAGGCGUCUACUGCCAGGCACGCUGGGUCUGGGAGCCAGCUGAAGAAUGAGUCCGUCUGACGAUUCAGGCGAGAUGCAAAUAGGUCCAGGGUGAAUGGUCCUCUCAGGGUCUGUAGAUGAUGAAAGAUUUGUGGAUCCAGUUGCCAAUCGCUGGAAUCCCUCCAGUGGCGUGAGAACCAAUCUGCGACGAGAUUGUCGGGGCCCGAGAGAUAUUCUGCACGAAGGGAGAUAUUCCUGUCCAGGCAGAAAUGGUACAAUUCCUUUGUCAGAUCUGAUAGCAUCUUUGAUCAUGGGCCACCUAGGCGGUUCACAUAUUGUACUGCUGAGACAUUGUCCAUCCGCAGGAUGAGGCUGCAGUUGUAUGCCUCCUUGGCAAAACUGCGGAUCGCGAAAGAACCAGCGAUCAGUUCGAGGCAAUUGAUAUGUAGUGCCCGUUCUGAUGGGGACCAGAGGCCUCCGGUGGAACGUUCCGAACAGGUGGCACCCCAUCCGAGGAGACUGGCAUCCGAUUCCAGAAUGAAGUCGGGUUGCCGACCAAAGAUAGCCCUUCCGUUCCAGGCUUCCAUAUGUUGAAGCCACCAGUGGAGUUCUAGUUGGACUUCGUCCGUGAGGAAGAUCUGUUGGUCGUAAGACGGUGAGCGAUGUAAGUAGUGUGUUCUCAAGCGCUGCAUCGCCCGGUAGUGUAGCGGGGCUGGGAAUAUUGCCUGGAUGGAGGCGGAGAGUAAUCCGAUUGUGCGGGCUAAAUCCCUGAGUUGGAGGUAAGGCGUUGUUAGUAAUCUCCUGAUGUCCUUUUUUAUGGACUUGAUUUUCGCAACAGGUAGUUGCAGGACUGCCUGAAUCGAAUCUAUCUGGAAUCCCAGAAACUGUAUUGUCUGAGAUGGGAGCAGAGAUGAUUUUUGGAGGUUGAUGAUGAAACCCAAAUUCUGAAGAAGGGCCGAAGUCAUUUCCGUAUGGAGAAGUAGAGUCUCCUUGUCUUGUGCCAUAAGGAGGAUAUCGUCCAAGUAUAUGAUGGACCGAAUUCCUUGUGAAUGGAGGAGCGCCAUCACCGGUUUCAUUAGUUUGGUGAAACACCAAGGCGCGGAGCACAGCCCGAAGGGGAGGCAGGUGAACUGCCAUAGUGUCUCGUCCCAAAUGAAUUGGAGAAAAGUGCGAUGUUCUGGCGUGAUUGGUAUCGUAAGGUAUGCAUCUUUGAGGUCGAAACGGGAAAACCAAUCUCCCUCGCAGAGGAGGUCCCGUAAUAGAUGGAUGCCUUCCAUCUUGAAGUGUCUGUAUCUGAUGAAUUUGUUCAGUGCUCUCAGAUUGAUGACUGGUCGGAAUUCUCCCGACUUUUUCUUGACCAAAAACAUAUUGCUUACGAAACCUCGUUGCGUGAGUGCUCGUUCGAUGGCACCUUUGUUGACUAGGUCGUUGAGUUCGGCUUGAAGGGCCAUGUCGUCUAUUUGAGACAUUUUGAGAGGGACAGGUAAGGAUACCUGCAUUGGAUCCUCUGUAAAGUCUAAGUGGAAGCCGGAGACGGUCUGAAGGAUCCACGGAUCCUGCGUGAGUUGGUACCACUGUUGGGAAAAGUGUAUUAAUCGGCCUGCUAUAGGUACAUGAGAAGAAUGAGAGUCCCUUACCUGCAGGAGUGCGACCGCGGAGGGAAGCAGAUCCACGUCCUCUAAUGGCUCCACGCGAGGGGAAGAACUGUUUGUGGUGGAAACGGGUAUUGCCCGAGUUCCAGUGUUCGGAUGGUCGAGGCCUAUAGCCUGUAGAGGCAGCUCUGCCAGCCGUCCGGCCUCUGUAAUGGCUGGCUCUCCCAGAAAAACGUUGGGACCUAAAUACCUUGCGUAAUGAAGAUUGCGCUUUUGUAAGCGUAGUAAACACUGCCACGUGUUUAUUUAAUUCUUUAAUAAAUUUGUCUCCAAAAAGCAUACCGUGUGCCUCAGGGCCAAGCUCUUUAGUGCCUAAUUCGGCAAGCUUUGAGUCGAUCUUAUAUAAAGCGGCUUUCCGCCUUUCAGUUGACAUAGCAACAUUCGCGUUGCCUAGUAGGCAUAAUGCCCUCUGUGCCCAUUCUCGCACCAUGUGUGCGUCUAGAGUGCCACCUGCCAAAGCCUCAUCUGCAAUAGUGAAAAUCUGGAUAAGCGGUCCCGCCAUAUCCAUCAUUUUAUCUUGCGUGGCCUUCAGGCCUUGCUCCAAACCCUUACGGGGGUCUUUUCCUGUCUUGUACAGGAAAGUGACGAGUAAGGGAUCGAAUUCUGGGGUAACCGCCACCUUGUCUGGGAUUACAGGUCGUGGGCAUUCUGCCCUUAAUUUAGCUCUGACCUCUUUUUCCAAAGGUUUACGGAGCCACAUCCUACAAAACUUAGCUAUGUGGUCUGGGGGGCUCCACUCUGCAGAGCGUGGGUGUUUGAUAUACCUAGGGUCGAACAAGGGGCGGCCAGAGGUAUCUAAUAAAAUAUCCUCAGACAUGUUCUGGUUAGGGUCAGCGGUUAGGAACUCAUUUUGGUGGGGUUCAUGUGAGGGAAGGUCCUCGUCUGAAUACCCUGCAGAGUAUUCAUCCAGUACCUGAAGUUGCAGGUUGGAAGUUGAACCCUCUAAUGGGUCAAAAUUAUAAUUGGGGGUAUCAUCCCGAAUACCAGAAAGGGAUAAUCUAGGUGCUUUUGCUGGUGCCUUGCCUUUACCGGCACUAGCACUAUUGCCCUUCCAAGGGCGUUUGCGGGGGCAUUCGUCAUGGUCUGAAUCUUUUGACUCUUCAGAGUCUGAGAGGUGAACGACAGGAGCUCUGGGGGCAGACUUUGAAUGUUCCUGAAACGCUGCCAAAGCUUUGGGAAUGGAUUCUGCGAUGGCGUUAUACAGCCAAAUUUUGAGCUCCGCAGAGACUGGUGGUUCAGUUAGAUCAGACAUUUUUAUAAUGAAGUGGGGUCACCACGAGUAUAAAUAGAUAUACAAUUUUUUUUUUUUUUUUUUGUGGCAGUGGACUUAUGCAAAAAACACAAAACACGUGUGUAUAUAUAUAUACUCGAAGAGUUAAUCAAGUGUGGGGGUCACCCAAAGUUAUUACAGCUGAAACGGUAUAGCCGUAUUAAUAUUACGUAAUGAGGGGGUCACCCUCAGGAGACAAUAAAAAGGGGGUCACCCUUUAAAUGAGGCAGAAAAGGUGUAUAAUAUAGAGGGGGUCACCCUCUUUAAUGAGGCAAUUAUUAAAUUAAAAGUGAGGGGGUCACCCUCAGUACUGAGACAAAUUUUCCUGUUUGCAAGGGUUUAGAGUAAUCUGCAAUAAAACAAAGCAGAAACACUUUAAUAAUACUUGUUAACAGUUCCAAUGGUAACUUUCAGUUAGAAUAUAUGUGUUAAUGUACUUACCUGAAAGUACCAAUAGAGGCGCUGGAGAGCCGAUGUGAGCAGCAGCCGUCCAGACGUUCCGGUGCGAUGGAGGAAAAGAGCGCGAAAAAAGCCCGCCAAGAAAUGGCCGCGGGAGGAAGAAGACGUCGCUAUGGAGACAGGUAAGGGGCUGGGAUUGUUCCCACAGAGGGGGGCGAGAUAUUGCCGAGGUUGGCAACCGGCCAGAAGCCGCUCAGAUCUCGGCUUCUGGCCGCACGGACAGAUAUACAAAGUGCCUCUGUAGUGCUGAGGCAGAAAACUCAGCACGCAAGAAAGACCGUUUGGGGGUUAAACAGGGGCAUAAAUUACUAAAUACACAGACCAUUUAAAGGGGAAAUGGUCUGAAGUAAGGAUUGUUAAAGGCACAGUUAGUUUACAUAUGAGAAAAUAAGUAAAUAAACAAUUACUAAUAAUAUAAUAACUCAAAGUAAGACUAUUAAUACUAGACUAUAAUUAGAAUAGACUCACCUGGGAGGCUAAGCAGCAAAGAAAGAGGAAUUGGGAGGAGCCUGAUGACUGGACAUAAUCUAUUGUACACUCUGAUUGGUUAAAUUUUUUCUACUUACUGUUAACUGUUUCUUUGCUGCUGGGAGUAACAGUAAAGAAAGUAAAAGCAAAUAUGAAGCCUCCUGUCUUGCCAUAAAAUUCUCUGCCUGAAGAGGUAGUUUUGUCAGAGUCCAUACAGAUGUUUAAACAGUAAUUGGAUAAACACUUCCAAAAACAUAACAUACAGGGAUAUCAUUUCUAAUUAGUGGGGUAACAGCUACUUGAUCCAAGGAGAUAUCUGACUGCCACUUUGGGGUAAAAAAUAAUUUUUUCCCUAGUUUGUUGCAAAAUUGGAAGCACUUCAGACUGGGUUUUUUUCCUUCUUUUGGAUCAACAGCAAAAACACGUGAGGAAGGCUGAACUUGAUGGACGCAAGUCUCUUUUCAGCUAUGUAACACAACAGCAUACACUAAUGGAUAACUCUUGUAUUACAUCUCUAUCUUAGAUAAUACACCUUGCAAAGACCCCUACUUGCAAAGAAGCUCUUAUGCCAUAGAACCCAUUAUUUUCCAUAAAACACGAUGGCUAUUUUGAAAUGGCAAGGCAAGAUGAAGUUCAGUAAAUGCUUUUCCUUGGUUUUGCCAUAUUAUUUGACUAAAAAAAUUAAAUGACUGCACCAGAGUAUCCAUUCACCUAACACACUACAGUAAUCUGAAGAUGUUAUGGUGCUUGGAGUAUUCGUAUAAAGAAUAUUUCUUUAACCCCUUAAGGACACAUGACAUGUGUGACAUGUCAUGAUUCCCUUUUAUUCCAGAAGUUUGGUCCUUAAGGGGUUAAAGGAUAAACAUCACUAAAAUGUUUAAAAUAUGAAAGGGGAACUGGCUCUCCAUAGGAGUUAUAAUAUAAUGUUUACUUAUCCGCUAUAUUUCACAAAUAUAUAUUUUUGAGCACGUUAGCACUUUGACCUGUUCUGAGGUCAUACAGGUUUUGUCUUUCAAACUUCUCCCUAUUCAUUUUACUGUUCAGUUGAGACAAUGCACGAAGUGCAAGUAUUGAGGGUUUUUGACAAAGGACUUAUUGCCCAAAUUCCGAACUAGCAGAUCUUGAGGACUGUGGCCGGCGGAACGAUCUCUGCAUUAGAGUGGCGCAACCAGUGGGCCAAAAUGAACUGCCAGCGUAUGUGACAGGACUCUUUUAGGCCUUAGAACCAGAUCUGCCUCACGAUUUCCUUUUAUUAUACUGUUUACACCGUCCAUGCUCGGCCUAUGUUUCUUCCGCCUGAUGCACCCUAAUAGAGAAUUAAUUGUUUUACCUAUGCUAAUGCAUAUGCACCAAACACUAACCAACGCAACUACCUUCACACAGUCUUAAGCAAACUAUUCAAAAUUUAAGAUAUAACCAUACUAAUUGGUGAUUUCAAUCACAUCAGCAUCAGAUUCAAAGCCAUUAAGAGACAGUGGCAGCAACUAGAGAAACAACUUACCUUACACCAUUACUAUAAUGUUUGGAGGAUCACACAUGUAGAGAAAAGAAAAGCAAGUCAAUAAAAACUAGCAAUUGGCACCGAGUCUUUUACCUAAACAACUUAAGAGUCCACAAAAUAUUUUUUUACAGCUAAAAAGAACCCCAGGUUUUCAUAAAUGUGGGGCUUGUUCUACUUGUACUCACCAAAAAAGAAAAACGGUGUCUUUUAUGGGGUCCAAUACAAAAGAAACAUACAAUAUUAAGAAGUUUAUACAUUGUACGUCAACAUUUGUAAUUUAUCUGCUACAAUGUGGAUGUGGUGCCCAGUAUGUGGGACGCAGCACUAGAAAACUACAUAUCAGACUCCGAGAAAAUUUUAACACUAUUAGAACAAAUAAAGUGGAUCAUAGUGUUCCUAAUCAUUGUAAGACCUGUAGUAUGUUUAAUUGGGCCACUUUUAUUGCCAUUGGUAUUAAUCAGGUUGCUAUGAACUGGAGAGGGGGAAGCAGAAUUAAUGAUUUAGCUAAAAGAGAAGCCUUUUGGAUUUAUACUCUUAAGACCCUAAAAACAGGUCUUAAUCAGGAAAUUGAUUUAAUAGGACUUCUUUGAUUCUUUUGUUGUUAUAGUUGUUAUUGUUUUUGUUUUUUCCCCUCUCAUCUCUUAGUAACUUGAUCAUGUAUACACAUAUAUAUAUAUAUAUAUAUAUAUAUAUACCUUUUCUAUAUAUGUAUCAAUAUCUGGAUAUUAAUUUUAAUUAUUUUUUAUAUUCAUAUGGUAUUUGCAUUUACUUUUUAUAUACAUAUUUCUUAUUUUAGCUUAGUUUUUAUGUAUGAGAAGGGUUCUCCCUUCGUUUCCUUCUCUUUUCGGUUGUUGUGUCUUUUUUUUUUUUUUUCACAGUUGUAAUGCGUUCCAUGCUGGAAUGCGGAACGGAUUCAUUUAGAGCUUCUGACGAUAUGCGUUCCACGGUGGAACGCAGAAACAUUUAAUGCCCGCAAACAUGACCGUGAUCGUCAUCACGUUCGUCCAAUCGGAUGGAAGCUUAAACGAAAUACGGAAUUACUGAUUUAUUGGCGCCAACUUCUCGAAAACUGUCUGGAAUAUAUAAAAAGAAGCUCUUUCAAAGUUUUGCUAUAUAUCCCUGAGGAAGUCGCAAAGACGAAACGCGUUGAAAUUGUAUCUGGGACAUUUUUAUCCUAGGUUUCAUUAUUUGUAUUUUUUAUUGUUUUAUUUAUACUUUUGUUGUUAUACUUUUUUUAUUGCUCGAGUUGAACCUUCUAUGGUUUGGUACCAUCUGUCGGAUGGAGAUAUGCUGUUGGAGAUAUAACCAGUUUUAUGAGGGGAGUUCCAUUAUAUAUAUUUUGAUCAACAUCAAAAUCCUCUACGACAAGAAUUACAGUGCUGCCCUGAGAUACCCUAUAAUAAAGAGGGAGAUAAGCGCAGAUCAUCUAUAUUGUCUGUAAGUUCUCUACCUCCGGGUUUGACCUUGGUGUUCUGUACAUACUUCACUAUUGUACCAUUUUUUUCAAAUUUUUAGAGUUCUCAAGAACUGCUUUGUAUUACAUACAGGUUGUAUGUUUUGUAUUUUUGGUGUGCUACCCCUUUAAUUUAUACUAUCACUAUUUAUUGGUGUGGUAUAUUUUUCCUGUUUGUAUUAAAAACUAGCAUUCAUUACUUAAAAAAACUGAAAAAAUCAUGAUCCCCAACGAUAUAUAAAUGAGGAAUUUGCAAAGUAUUAUGCAGAAUUUUACAACUUACGAUCAGAUGCUACUAACCUCAGGAGGCACACAUAAACUCAUAUUUCCCCCAUACUCCACGGGGCUGACCUCGCCAACCCCCAUCUCACUCACGAAGAUGCCCAAGACAGACAGAUGUCAGGAAACUGACAGGGAUCCAAUACGCAGAGUGCGCACAGAAGGAGGUACGUAUACCGGACCUUAGAAUGGCCGGACUAACGUAAGGACAAGCAAGAAUAGUCAAAAGGUAAGCCGAGGUCAAGGGAGCCGGAGGACAGGUAAGCGAGAUACAAGCCGAGUCAAAGGAGAGGAGAGGACAACAGGACAAAAGACAAGCAAGGGUCAAAACCGGAAACACAAGAUAAAGAACGCGCUGAGUGACUAGCAAGCUAGAACCACGACAGGGCAAUGAGCAGUAGUAAAGGUUUCCUUUAAAUACCCUGUUACCUAAAUAGAGACCACGCCCCCAAAAGGUCCGGAAUAGCGGUUCCCGGCACUUUAUGCAAAUGCCGACGUCAUGACGUCGACGCUAGCCGUCGCGUCAUAAAAGGGGGAGGAGCUAGCGCGGCCGGCGCGAAAACGGCCGGAAUAUGCCGAAAUGCUAAGGGAAGGGAGCCCCUAAGCAGAGAGGAUGUCCUCCCUGGAUACAUCACCAACAGGUACCCUGACAGUACCCCCCCUUCUAGAAACGCCCACCGGGCGGAUGGGACCUGGCUUAGAAGGAAAACGAACGUGGAAGGCCCGAAGAAGACGAGGAGCAUGCACGUCUAUACCAGGAACCCAAGACCUCUCUUCAGGACCAUAACCUUUCCAGUCUAUGAGGUAUUGCAGCUUCCCCCUAGAAAUACGAGAAUCAAGGAUGGACUUGAUGAUAUAUUCCUCCUGACCAUCCACAUGGACCGAGGAUGGAGGAGCAGAGCGGGAGGAAAAUCUGUUACAAACAAGAGGUUUCAAUAACGACACAUGAAAAGAGUUAGGGAUGCGUAGAGUAGGAGGUAGAUCCAGCAAAUAAGAAACCGGGUUGAUCCUCCUCAGUACCCUGUAAGGACCAAUGUAACGAGGAGCAAACUUCAAGGAAGGAACUUUCAGGCGAAUGUGUCUGGUACACAACCAGACCCUAUCCCCCGGAGAAAAAAUAGGAGCAGGACGUCUACGCCUAUCAGCAUGUGACUUAAACACCGCGGAACUACGUUCAAGAAUUUGUCGAGUCUGAUCCCACAACUUUCUCAGGUUGGCUAUAUGAAUAUCAACCGACGGUAUACCCUGGGAAGGAGACACCGACGGAAGAACAGUAGGGUUAAAGCCAUAGUUCAAGAAAAAGGGGCUGUUACGAGUGGAACCACAAACAAGGUUGUUGUGAGCAAACUCCGCCCAAGGAAUCAGACCGACCCAGUCAUCCUGGUGUUCAGAAACAAAACAACAUAGAUAUUGCUCAAUUUUUUGGUUAGUGCGUUCGGCUGCUCCGUUAGAUUGGGGAUGAUAGGCCGAAGAAAAAUUCAGUUUGAUGCCCAACUGUGAACAGAAGGAUCUCCAAAAACAGGAAAUAAAUUGGGAACCCCUGUCUGACACAAUCUCAUUGGGAAUACCAUGUAAACGGAAAAUUUCUCUAGCAAAUAUCACGGCCAGUUCGGGGGAGGACGGAAGUUUAGGCAAGGGAACGAAAUGAGCCAUUUUAGUAAACCUGUCAAGGACCGUGAGGAUAACUGUAUGCCUAUUGGAAGCUGGUAGAUCAACAAUAAAAUCCAUAGCCAAACAAGCCCAAGGUUUGUUGGGAACGACUAAGGGCUGCAAUAAACCACAAGGGAGAUCCCGCGGAAGUUUAUUCCUGACACAAACAUUGCAAGCCUUGACAAAGUCUUCCACAUCCCUACGUAAACCGGGCCACCAGAAGUCUUUGGAGAUCAGGCAGUAAGUUUUGUGGAUGCCGGGGUGACCAGCGAUCUUGCUAUCGUGGAAACAGCGAAUAAUGUCCACUUGGAAUUUGGGAGACACGAACAAGCGGCCCACAGGAGUACGUUCGGGAGCAAGAGAUUGUUCGUUCUGAAUAUCAGCGAGCAAUGGAGAGUGUAUUUUGACAUUGGUGUUGGCGAUAAUAUUGACUUCAGGAAUAAUAGGGAACAAAGUAUCCUCUGUAGAGGUGGUAGGUUCGUGCUGACGUGACAAAGCGUCUGCCUUAGUGUUCUUAGAACCAGGCCUGUAAGUAAGCACAUAAUUAAAGUGUGUAAGGAACAUAGACCAACGUGCCUGCCUGGCAGAUAAUCUUUUGGCCUCCCCCAUAUACGAUAAAUUCUUGUGGUCAGUCAAGAUAGUAACUGGGAGGACGGUGCCCUCUAACAAAUGUCUCCAUUCCUUUAAUGCCAUAAUGAUAGCUAAAAGUUCUCUAUCACCAAUGUCAUAUCUCCUUUCAGUGUGUGAUAGUUUCUUGGAAAAAAAACCGCAAGGGUGCAGCGGCUUAUCUAAACUUUGUCUUUGGGAUAACACUGCGCCUAUCCCUGUUUCAGACGCAUCAACUUCAAGUAAAAAGGGUAGAGAGGUAUCAGGAUGAACUAAUACAGGUGCUGAGGCAAAAGACUGUUUGAGCGUUUCGAAAGCAGAUAAAGCCUCAGUAGACCAGGUUUUGGUAUCGGCUCCUUGUUUGGUCAUAUUAGUGAUAGGAGCGAUAACAGAGGAGUACCCUUUAAUAAAACGUCUGUAAUAAUUAGAAAAUCCAAGAAAUCUUUGUAUGGCUUUGAGUCCCUUAGGUAAAGGCCAAUCUAAAAUCGAUUUUAGUUUGGUCGGGUCCAUCAUAAACCCGUCUUUGGAAAUUACGUAACCUAAGAAAGUUACCUGAGACUGGUCAAAGCUACAUUUUUCCAAUUUACAAUACAAUCCAUGUUGUAAAAGUUUCUGUAAUACCUUUCUGACUUGUCUAUGAUGUGAAUUAAUGUCUCUAGAAUGGAUUAAUAUAUCAUCCAAAUAUACAAUUACACAUUCAUGUUGGAAUUCUCUAAGAACUUCAUUGAUCAAGUCUUGGAAGACGGCCGGGGCGUUACAAAGCCCAAACGGCAUUACGGUAUACUCAUAAUGCCCGUAACGGGUAUUAAAUGCUGUCAUCCAUUCAUCUCCUUGUUUAAUUCGCACUAAGUUAUAUGCUCCUCUUAAGUCAAGUUAGUAAAAAUACUCGAGCCCUUUAGUCUGUCAAAGAGUUCAGUAAUCAAAGGAAUAGGGUAAGCAUUUCUGAUAGUAAUUUUGUUCAAUCCCCGAUAGUCUAUACAAGGACGUAAGGUACCGUCUUUCUUUUCUACAAAAAAGAAACCCGCCCCCGCCGGAGAAGAAGACUUUCUAAUAAAUCCCUUGUCUAAAUUCUCCUUGAUAUAUUCCUCUAAAACUAAGUUUUCCUUGGUGGAUAGAGGGUAUACCGUACCCCUGGGAGGCAUAGUACCAGGGAAAAGUUUAAUAGAACAGUCAUAAGACCGGUGGGGAGGUAAAGUAUCCGCCUUACCCUUGUCAAAUACAGAUUUGAGGUCUAGAUAUUGUAAUGGUAUCUGAACGUCUGUGGAUUGAGAAGUGUUAGCAUAAGAGUUUACGGGGCAAACAGAAGUAACUCUCUGCAGACAUUCUUCCCUACAACCCAUACAAGAAAACAUCCAUAAAAGCUUGUUCGUUCCAUUUCACUUCUGCUGCCAAUGAGCUAAACUCUAGAGCAUAUUCUACAAGGGUCCUAUCUUGUUGUUUAAGGCGUAACAGGGAUCUGGCCGCAUUAAUCUUCCUCCCUGGGGGGUCAAAGGUUCUUCUAAAAGCCGUGACAAACGCAGUGUAGUUGUAGACUAAAGGAUUGUCAUUCUCCCAAAGGGGAUUGGCCCAUCUAAGUGCUUUAUCUAUUAGCAGGGUUAUAAUAAAGCCUACCUUAGCCCUGUCAGUGGGGUAAGCCCGGGGUUGUAGUUCGAAAUGUAUACUUAUCUGGUUUAAAAAACCACGACAAGCAUCAGGCGAACCCCCAUAUCGUAAUGGUGACGUGACAUGGGAAGAUGCGCCUACAGUGGCUACUUCCAAACCAGUACUUAGCGAGUGGCUAGCAGUGGAACGUAUUUCUUCAGACUGGGUACUGGAGCGUGUCAACAAAGUUUGUAGCGCUAAAGCCAUUUGGUCCAUUCUAUGGUCCAUGGCCUCAAAUCUGGGGUCAGGAGGACUAGCACCUGCAGGAUCCAUCUGGCCCUGUCGUAAUGUCAGGAAACUGACAGGGAUCCAAUACGCAGAGUGCACACAGAAGGAGGUACGUAUACCGGACCUUAGAAUGGCCGGACUAACGUAAGGACAAAGCAAGAAUAGUCAAAAGGUAAGCCGAGGUCAAGGGAGCCGGAGGACAGGUAAGCGAGAUACAAGCCGAGUCAAAGGAGAGGAGAGGACAACAGGACAAAAGACAAGCAAGGGUCAAAACCGGAAACACAAGAUAAAGAACGCGCUGAGUGACUAGCAAGCUAGAACCACGACAGGGCAAUGAGCAGUAGUAAAGGUUUCCUUUAAAUACCCUGUACCUAAAUAGAGACCACGCCCCCAAAAGGUCCGGAAUAGCGGUUCCCGGCACUUUAUGCAAAUGCCGACGUCAUGACGUCGACGCUAGCCGUCGCGUCAUAAAAGGGGGAGGAGCUAGCGCGGCCGGCGCGAAAACGGCCGGAAUAUGCCGAAAUGCUAAGGGAAGGGAGCCCCUAAGCAGAGAGGAUGUCCUCCCUGGAUACAUCACCAACAGGUACCCUGACAACAGACACCAAAGUGAGACACAAAAUCCUGAACAUGACCGAACCGAGCGGCCAAAUCAGGACACCGCACAAUGCAAGACACUCACCCUACCACACCUUUAACCAACCACACUCACCUAACACCAAGCCCACACACCACCUCCACGAGUCGCACCCCACCACACACAACACCAAACGGACCCAUCACCACGAAGCACCACUGAACCAGACAAAAAGCCAACUACAAUGACCUGGCCAAACCUAUAAUGGGCCCAACAAUACCCGGAGAGGCCACCCAUUUUAUCUCCACCAAACUCAUCUCCACAAGACAUGAAAGACAGCACCGUGCCUAGGAGGGGAGGUGGAGGGAAGACACCUAGGAACUCCUCCCCCCUGCACAACUACACACUACCUCAGUACCCCCAACACAUACACUGCCAACUGAGACAGGACUCAAGCCUGUCCCGAGACAUCACUGAACCCCAAAAGUAGAUGUGGGAAGGGGCCAGGAACCAGGGAGAGCGAGGCCAGACUCAAAGACCUGAACACAGCACCAGAUAAAGUGGCGCUGAUACUACCCAUAGAGAUAUGCCAAACGUGGCUGCCUACCCACUGGGACCAGAGGCUACUGACCUCCAAACUACUAAACAACAACACAACCGGCACAUAUACACGAACACACAUACUGCGCCUCCACAAAGGCGCAUAGAUGACCCGAUUACUCCCUAACCCUGCAUCAGACCGAGAUGACUAACACGAAGGAACCACAACACUGGUUUCGGGUACGGAUGAUUCUACACGGAAACUGACUGAGAUGUAAUGUCUUAGACCUUAACGAAAACUGACUUAGAUGUAUUGUCUGGUACCUCUACCUUUAUCAACCAAUCCCUACUGUACCAAUGGAUACCGCACGAAACCCCCCAACCACACACUACACCAAAUGUGUGUAAUAGCGACCACAUUGUAAUAUACUGUAAACCAACAUCGCCACUGCUGGCGUGCCAUAUGAGACUGCAUACACCGUGCUCUAACCAACGCAUUGUAACAUACCUGUUAUUGAAAAUAUCAAUAAAACCACUUGAAUGAAAAAAAUAAUGUAAUAAUUGUAAAAUAUUCACCUACAAAUAAAAAAUGUUAUUUUGAAAAAUCAAGUGUGGGAAGACAAUUUUUUCUUGGUAACAGCAGAUGUGAGUUCACUCUAUACCAUCAUUUCCCAUGAACGGGGAUGCCAGGCUACUAGGUUUUUCUUGGAGGAAUUUGGUGAAUUCCCUGAUGAGCAGAUAGACUUUAUCGUUGAGGGAAUCAGAUGGAUCCUCACCAACAACUAUUUUUGGUUUGGUGGUGAUUUUUACCUUCAGAUAUGUGGUACGGCGAUGGGCACCGGAUUCGCCCCCAGUUACGCCAAUUUAUUCAUGUCAUUUUGGGAACAUCAACAUGUGUACGUAAGGCGGGACUGGGAGGAGAGUCUGGUGCUCUAUCGCCGGUACAUAGAUGACAUAUUUUUAAUUUGGAGGAGUGAUGAGGAAUCCCUAUUAUCUUUUUUGUCAGCACUUGGGCAUUAAAUUGGAAAGCAACUAUAGCCGUCAGUCUGUGGAUUUUUUGGAUCUCCAAAUAUAUAUAGAUGAAGGAGAAAUUAAAACUAAAACACAUUUCAAAAAAGUAGACGUCAAUAGCUAUAUUAAGGAGACAAGCUCUUAUUUUUCUCCCUGGCUUACCAAUGCACCUAAAGCACAAUUGAUGAGGAUCAGACGGAACUGUACCGAUAAUGAAGUUUUUAAUAUCCAAUCAUGUAAAAUUCUUAAUGAUUUUAAAGGACCACUAUAGUGCCAGGAAAACAUACUCGUUUUCCUGGCACUAUAGUGCCCUGAGGGUGCCCCCACCCUCAGGGACCCCCUCCCGCCCGGCUCUGGAAAAGGGAAAGGGGUAAAAACUUACCUUUUUCCAGCGCUGGGCGGGGAGCUCUCCUCCUCCGUUCCUCCUCCUGGGCUGAAUGCGCACGCGCGGCAAGAGCUGCGCGCGCAUUCAGCCGGUCACAUAGGAAAGCAUUCAUAAUGCUUUCCUAUGGACGCUGGCGUGCUCUCACUGUGAAAAUCACAGUGAGAAGCACGCAAGCGCCUCUAGUGGCUGUCAAUGAGACAGCCACUAGAGGAAAUAGUGGCUGUCUCACUGAAACUGCUAUGUUUAUGAAAAAAUGGGUUAACCCUAGCUGGACCUGGCACCCAGACCACUUCAUUAAGCUGAAGUGGACUGGGUGCCUAGAGUGGUCCUUUAAGCAAAAAGGCUAUAAAGCCCAACUAUUGGAUAAAGCCCAACGUGAAGUUGCUUUAAAGGACAGAGAGUCACUUUUACAAUAUAAAUCACCACUCAUAGAAACAGAAGAACGCAAUUUGGCAUUCAUCUGCGACUUCAGUUGCCAGAGCUAUAAACUAAAAAGGAUUUUUCAGAAAUACUGGUCGAUUUAAAAAAAUGAUAUGUUCCUAAAUAAGGUGUUGCCAAAUAAACCUAUUUUUACUUAUAGAGGAGUCCCCAGUUUAAAGACUAAUUUAGUACGGAACCAUAUAAAAGAACAUAAAACGAUUAAAAAUGUCUUUAAUCAAAAGAAUGGAUUCUAUGGCUGUGGCACCUGUGGUGCAUGAAAGAAUAGUGGCCAAAAAAAGAGACACAUCACUUCAUUUUCUACCUGUGAGCCUCAACUCCAAAGUAAACAGCCCAAUAACUAUAAAAUAAAUCAACUUAUAACUUGUUAUUCUAAACGAGUUAUUUACCUCAUCACAUGUCAAUGUGGUUUAAGUUAUGUAGGUAGGACCACUAGAUCCCUCCAUAUAAGAAUACAAGAGCAUAUUCGCAACAUUCGGAAGGGUUUUGACAAACAUAGCCUUUCAGCACACUUUAAACAGAAACAUAAUUGUGAUCCAACCCAAUUGACAUUUAUGGGUAUUCAAAUUGUUAACAUCAAUUGGAGGGGUGAGGAUCCAAUAAGGAAGAUGGGACAACAAGAAAUGAGAUGGAUUUUCAAUCUCAAUACCAUGAUUCCCACUGGCCUUAAUGGUGAUUUUGAAAUGUGUCACUUUUUAUGAUAUUACUUUAAACAGCAUGUGUAAAUCUUUUAUAUUUUGAAUUUAAGAUAUUGGCUUCUUCUGCCUAGUUGUUUAUAGCACAAUCUCCAUGUGAUUUGAGAGGAUCUUUAAAUAUAGGUGCCCCAAAUCCUAUGGCACUAUAUAAAUUAUUUUUAUAGUUAUGGCUCUGAAGCUUUCUGUUAAGUUUUAUGUAUAUGCUGUGUGAAUGUUAAAUUUUUGCUGUAUUUAAACAAUAUUUAUUAACACUCAUAUUUAUAUUUUUAUCUUUUUUUAUGUCCUAAUAACUUUGAUUGUAUAUUUAAUGCAAUUGAGGAUAUUCUCCUAACAUUCUACUUGUUUAAUAUAAAUUUCAUGAAGAAUAGAAAUAAAGGGCAUAAGGGAAUUGACAAACAUGAGUAUAUAGUGUUUUGCCUCUUUCCCUACUUAUUGCAAUACCGGAAGUAACGCGGCAACGUGCCUGACGUCACUUCCGGUCACGGACGUAACAUACGAAACGGAAUGAGAUAAGCCACAGUACACUCCCCUUAAACAAGUGGAUGGAUUGGCUAAUUGACAAGGAAACCCACCAAUGAAGAAUCAGACCGGGAUAUUUAAACCGGAACAUGAAUAAGAGCAGUGUAAACUGAUUGAGAAAGCCCUCAAGUAGGGCGAAACGCGUCUCAGAAUAGAAAGACAUUUAUGGGACAUUUUUUUUACUUUGUUUUAUUGAUUUGUAUUUUAUUGCCUGUUGGCAAAAUAAAUUAAUUUUUUUAUCCAAAGUUCCCUCUGAUCUUCACUAAAGCUGCUCCAAGAAGGGAAGGUGUCUCCCUUAUUCUGACACUCAUGCUGAUUAACUUAGAGCCAAGUACUAGGCUCAAAACAAGGUGAGCACUUAUUUAAAGAUAUAGCAUAUUCACCUUUAUUAUUCAAAGUUACUAUACUAUAUUUCCUCUUAUUACGUUUUCCCUGCGGGAUUCUGUCUACGUUUUCAAGAAAAGGGGAAUAGUACCACCAGACGGUACUACAGCGCAAGUGACCUGAGCCUAUCCUUACUUAGGCUCUACAAUAUGUGAGUUGGUACUUCUUAUGAUCACUGCAUAACAAUAUAUUAUUAUACAGAUUUACACUAUUAUUUUUUCUGUAUAUGUUUCUCUUUUUAUUGUAUAUAUGCUGAAUUGAAAGUGAUACUGCUACAAUAUUAGUACCAGAUGACCCUUGUUAUUGGGUAGGUGUCCAUCAUUAUCACUGUAUGCUCCAGUGCUCCACUCAUAUAGGUGAACUGCCUUUGGCUUUUUCACCUUUCUUCUAGUUCUUACAAUUUGAGGUGGGUGUGAGGGACGCCCACAAGAGUGUUGUAGCAUUUUUUACACAAUCUUUAAUAUUCUAUAAGCGCCUUCUAUACACAGUUUUUCUUUUUCUUCUUCUCUAAAAAAUGUUAUGUUUGCAAAAAAAAAAUAUAUCAGCUUAUAUAUAGAAAUGAGGAAAAAUCAUAGAAAACACACAAACAGAAGUGGGUCGCCUACAGAUUCUUUGAUAAAUGCAAACAUGUAUUUAGAAAGCACUAGUCUAAAUGAAGAUAUAAGCAUAUAAUUUAUGUUUCAUAUAUUGUGUAUGAGAGCAAAGUCAGAAAAAAAUGUAUAUAGACGUCAAAAACUUGCUUUGCAUAAAUAUGCAAGACCAUGCUUCUGCAAUAACAUACAGACUUAAAAAACAAAUAAAAUAUGCGACAAACAUGCUAUAAGUGCUACAAGCAAAAAAUAAAUAAAACUCAUGUUUAAUUAAAGUACACCUUACCUCACUUACUACACAACACAAAUCAGCUCUAUCCAACCCCAUCACCGAGGAGGAAGUCCUAGCUGCAAUAAAGAGUUUGCCAAUGGACAAGCCACCAGGCCCUUAACUACAUGCCGAUACACCAGUUUGUCUAGUAAUCGAUGUACCACACGAAAAUGUUUACGCCUAUGCCUACUGUCAUGUCAUAUUUACUGGAAAUGCUGUCUGUUUAAUGUCAGACACUGAUACGUACUCUAUUUGUGUACUGGGUUCUCCUUUUGUAUUGUUUAAUACUCAACAAAAACAAUAAAAAUUGUCACAUUGAAAAAAAAAAGAAUGUAACACCUUAUUUUUUUUAUUUUUUUGAAUUCACGUAUAUUUAAAGGGACACAAUAGUCACCUGAACAACUUUAGCUUAAUGAAGCAGUUUUGGUGUAUAGAACAUGCCCCUGCAGCCUCACUGCUCAAUCCUCUGCCAUUUAGGAGUUAAAUCCCUUUGUUUAUGAACCCUAGUCACACCUCCCUGCAUGUGACUUGCACAGCCUUCCAUAAACACUUCCUGUAAAGAGAGCCCUAUUUAGGCUUUCUUUAUUGCAAGUUCUGUUUAAUUAAGAUUUUCUUAUCCCCUGCUAUGUUAAUAGCUUGCUAGACCCUGCAAGAGCCUCCUGUAUGUGAUUAAAGUUCAAUUUAGUGAUUGAGAUACAAUUAUUUAAGGUAAAUUACAUCUGUUUGAAAGUGAAACCAGUUUUUUUUUCAUGCAGGCUCUGUCAAUCAUAGCCAGGGGAGGUGUGGCUAGGGCUGCAUAAACAGAAACAAAGUGAUUUAACUCCUAAAUGGCAGUGAAUUGAGCAGUGAGACUGCAGGGGAAUGAUCUAUACACUAAAACUGCUUUAUUUAGCUAAAGUAAUUUAGGUGACUAUAGUGUUCCUUUAAUUUUUAAAUACAUCACUUGUCUACCUCUCUCAAUCCCAAUUUCUGACAGCCAUCACGGGUCGGACUUUCAAUUAUUGCAACCAAUGCUCACUGUUUUGCAACCUCUGUUGCUUUUUUAAAUUAUCUGAAAAACAAUACUGCAGGCCAAAAGAGCACACUACUUUGACAAACAACUUAUGUAAUUAUUUGUCUUUAGUAGCAAUGAACUGUGCAAUUUAAUUCUAAGUAAACAAUUAGUCCUGACUGCAGACUGAUGGUAAAUACAGCAUAGGCUAGUAGAACCUGUAGAAAGGUAAAAAUGCUGACUGCUAUAUUUACCUUGCACUGCAUAACUUUUGUGAUUUACUGUGUUUGGGAGAAAUUUUUUUUUCUACACUAAAAAGAGUGAUAUUUCUUUAUGUGUUCAUUUCUUAUAUUGAAUGCCUUAAUUAAAAAAUGAAUACAUUUAAGAAUGUUUCUCUAAUGAUCACCGUUCUACAAUUCCCCUCCAAUUCCUUCUCCAUAAAAAGAAAACGAUUGUGUCAAAUGUCUGUGCAUAGAUUUCUAUGGUUGACCUUAUAGAUGCUCACUGCUUGUAGAAGGUAUUUCUGAUGUCACCCAUUAACCGUGCCAUUGAUAUAUGAGCCUGUACUUAAAGAGAACCUGUAAUGCAAAAUUAAACAUAACUGAAAAUGCUCCCAUAUGCAUUGAAUACACCAUAUAUAAUAAAGAUACAUGGUGUAUUCAAUGUAAAACAUAUUGAUUUACUCACCGUUCCUGCACUCCUGUACUCUUUGUCCUCAGCCCAACUUCGGUCCGUCCUCUGCUCCUCCGCUGCUCCACCUGGUCUCUUCUGGACACAUCACAAGAAGGAAAAAUCUUCUCAAUGAUGUCUACAGCCAGCAUCCUGGCAUCAAACAACAUUAUGUCACAUCACUCCAUUUCUAUAGCAACCACAGCACAUGCGUUGUGGUUGCUAUGUGUGGAGAUUAGAGGAACCUCCUGUGGGAGGCCUUUUUAAGUGUCAACCUUAAAAUUGAGAUUUCUAUACAGUAAUUAAUUCAAAUUAAUAAGUGAGCUUGGCUAGAAAUAUGCCUAUCUUUUUUCAAGAAAUGUGAGACUUCCAAGCUAAUAAUGAAGGUCAAAAGAAAAAAAGCAAGUGUACUUAUGUUUAAAAAAAAUUAGGAACUACUAGUCAGAUGUUGUCCACAACAUCUGGAGUGCUGAAGGUUGCCAACUCUUAGUGUAUCAGUGUAUCACAGUCUCAAUACUUCAGCAGCUACCAGUGAACAUCUGAGAAUUAGUUUGAAAGCUGCAAUGUACUCACUCUGUACCAAGUGACCUAAGCACUUUUUCAUUUUAUAAUUUCUUUUCUUUACAGGAAUUAAACUCCUUGGCCACAAAACACUCAAAUCUCCACAUUAUUCAAUUAGGUAAGUUCAUGAGUUUAAACGAAAGGAAUUUUAGAUCUCACACAAAUGGAGUGACUCUACUGCCCCUAACUGAAGGUUUCACACUACUCAUAAUGUCUUCUCCUUUCCUUUCUAAAUGGAACUUCUAUGUAUACAAAAACAGUUUUGGCUGUGUAAAAAUAAUUUCUGUGUAUUUUUUUGUGUCUUUUUCAAUAUUAUUUUUUUUUCUGUCUCUUUUGCCCAUUCUUUUUUAUUUCCCUUUUUCUGUCCUCCCUUUUAUCAGUUCAGUUUUAACAUGCUCGCACAGUAAGGUCAUUAUAUUAUCGAUAGUAGAUUUUUCUAUAGACUAAGACUAGUCACAUAUCCUAUGUGUUCAUUAACCAAUGUUAUUGUUAAUAAAGUUGUUGAAAAGACUUGUAUAUAUUCAGUAUUAAGCCUAGGUCAGGACUUCUUAUGUAGACCCAUCCAUCUACUUGUGGCUUCAAACUGUAAUGAUUUGUGCACAAGGACUGUGUAUUUAGUAAGGUAGUUUCUAGGAUAGGAGGCAUUGGUAUUAGGGUUUCUAAAUCAUGGACACAUAUGUAUGAACACGCUUAUGUCAUAAUGUCCCUUUUUUUCCUCUGUUUGUUUUCUAUUAGUUAUUGAUUUUCAUUGAUGAAUUAUAGGGAGGUAUAUGAAUUAUAUACCCAUCAUAAACUGUAUUAGGGUACAAAUUACUCAUGCCAAUAUUAAAUUCUUGGCUAUUUAAGCAUUAAAGGACCACUAUAGGCACCCAGACCACUUCAGCUUAAUGAAGUGGUCUGGGUGCCAGGUCCAUCUAGGAUUAACCCUGCCUGCUGUAAACAUAGCAGUUUCAGAGAAAAACAGUUUCAUAGAGAAGGCACUUCCGCGCGUCUUUCAUGCUUUCCUAUGGACUGACUGAAUGCGCGCGGCUCUUGCUGCACAUGUGCAUUCAGCCAAUGACGUUGGAAGGAGGAGGAGAGUCCCCAGCGCCGAGGGAGCCCGGGGCUGGAGAAAGAUAAGUGUUUAACCCCUUCCUCCGCCUAGAGCCCGGCAGGAGGGGGGCCAUGAGGCUGGGGGGACCUAUUAACACUAUAGUGCCAGGAAAACGAGUUUGUUUUCCUGGCACUAUAGUGGUCCUUUAAUGCAAUUAAACACUUGACUUUUUUGCAUCAUUUUUUAAAAUCAAUUUCUAAUUUUAUUAAGUUCAUGAGCUUGUCAGAAACGUUAUUUAUCCUUUGUAAGAAAUUUUUCAACGAUGUUUUGAGUAUUUCUUUACUGUUUAUAUUAUAAUGGGAUCUAUAAAAAUCCAUUCCCUAAAUGUCUCGGCUAUUUGUGCGGGGUCCAAUAAGAUUUUAUUGUUGACUACCAGUCUUUGAAUCCUAGAUCUUUCUAGUUUCUGUUUUAAUUUGUUAGUAAUUAUUGUAUUUUCUCUGUUGUUACUAUAGUACCAUUUCUGUUUAGAGUUAAAAAUAGCUUUCUCUUAUCUAUCAUCCAGUCUGGUUUUUAUUUCUUUUUGGACUCUUCUAAAGUUUUAUUAGGAGUUGAUUUAAUUUAUAUUUCUAAAUUAGCAAAAAUGUAUAAAUCUGCAAGAGGUUUCCCUUUCAUGUUCCGCAGAUUUACAUUGUUUUUAAUUAAAUACCCCCUUAUAGUACAUCCAUAGAGUGUUCCAUAGAGUUGGGUCCAAAACAUCCAUAUUAUCAUUAAAACUUAGAAAUAGUUGAAUUUCAUCUACUUAUUUUUUCUUAGCUUCCUAGGAACAUAAGUUGCAAUCAUUCAUUUUCCACUCCACUCUGCUGCUACACUGCAGGUUGUUCUUCAAUUCACAGUAGGCCGGGGCAUGGUCAGACCAGCUUUUAUUACCAAUAGAAGCAGUGGCGGAUCCAGAGCCUGAUCUCGGGAGGGGCACUUGUAGAUUAUUUAAAUAAAUCUGUGAUCUUCCUCCCCGGUCCGCAGGCACAUUGCACGGCUGGCAGGGGAGGGAGACCGGCGGAUUUCUCGGGGGGGGCAAUUGCCCCGUUGCCCCCCCCCUGGAUCCGCCAAUGAAUAGAAGAGGAAGUACAACAUUUCAGACAGUCAAACUUCAUUAAAAAAAAUAACUGUAAUCUCUCUCCAGUGGAUGCUGCGUUCUCACACAUCGUAAAGGUUAUUUUUUAUCAUACAUCUAGUUAGUUUUUCUGUGUACUCUUUAGUCUUAUUAUCUAUCUUAUUCCCUUUCAUUAUUUUUUUGUCCAGAUUGGCGUCCGCAGUGCAGUUCAUGUCACCCCCAAUUAUUAAGACUCCUUUGGAGAAUCUAUCCAAUUUUUCCAUUAAGGAAUUCAGAAAUUUUAUGGGGAAAUCAUUGGGAGCGUAACAAUUUACAAGAGUAUAUGAUUUUUAUUUUACUUUACAAACCGAUAUUAUGUAUCUCCCAUUAUUGUCUGCUUCAUGAGAAAUAUAUAUGAAUUGUAAUUCCUUCGAUAUUAUUAUGGCUACUCCUUUUUUCUUCUCAUCCCUUAAAACCGCUUCAUAGACUAUUGGGAUUUUUUUUAUAGCUCCAAAAGGAAGAUCCCUGAAAAUCCCAAUGCGUCUCUUGUGCAAAGCCAAUAUUUAUCCUUUCUUUAAUCAGUAAAUCAUAGAGAUAGACUCUUUCCUCUGGAGAGUUUAGUCCCUUGGUAUGGAUUGAUACUAUUUUAAUUUUCAUUGAGUAUGAUACCGAACCCCAAAGUGCCCAACUCUUCCCCCUUUUCUGUCCUGGAUUCCUUUAUUCCAAUGCUUCUGAGAACACCCGUCACCAGCUCCAAACAUCCUUCCAUUCCAAAUCCAAUCAUACCUAGUGCCCACGAGGAUAUCAUUUGUAUCCUAGGCCAAUACUCUGAACAACUAAAAAAGCACGUGCCGGUGUUGAGUUUCUAAGGAGAGGAGUUCACCUAAAAUUAUUUUUAUGUUUUUAUGGAGAGAUCAUAUUCACAGGAAGUAUCAGCCUCAAGGAAGAAGAAAGGAAUGAAAGCAACCAAAACCAUAUUAACAGAGGAACAAGUUAGAGAUAGCCUUUUAAAUCCUGGAAAGAAUAUCCAUCUGUUCCCUUUAUUCUACAUUAGCAUAGUAAUUAAACUACUAAUAUCAUGCUCAUUUUAGGCCUUAUCAGAAAUUACUUUGUCCCUAUAUAUUAGUAUAACCCUACUAAGGCUGAGCAGCUAAUACUAGCUACCAUCCCUACCCUAAAGAAAAUUUAGGACAUUUAGAUAUAGUACAGCAAAUAUAUAAAAAAAAUAUAAAAAGAUAUUUGAAUGUGUAAAUCCCCAUUCGUCUUGCAUGUUUCCUAUUUUGCAGUUAUUAGUUAUGCUCAAUUUUAGUGUUUAAAAAAAGAAUCAGAGGAUGUAUCCUUACUUCUAAGUUUCCAUUCUUCUUAUUUCCUUAUAUUAAAGUGAUAUAUACUUUUUAUGUUUCAUAUGCUUAUUUGUAGUGUUUUAUAUAUAUAUAUAUAUUUAUUUAUUUUUUGUGGUGCAUAUGAGAGUAACAUACAAGCAUGUGGUACCCCAACGGCAAUCCACUUAUUUUAGAACAAAGAUAACAGUGGGGUAUGUAGGAACAGUGUGCAAAUUUUAUAUUUAAUUACAAGAGGGUCAAGUUUGGAGCAUGCUAGUUAGGUAUAAAAGUCGGGAGUUUCUCAAGCUUAAGUAUGUAGCUAAGACAUUGGAGGCAGGACAUAGUUUUAACUGCAGCUUCACAUAUAGUAUGCUAGACUAAUCCAAACAGUGUCUUAUAAGUGAAAGAGUAAUUUUGGUUGCAUGCACAGGUAGUUAGUAUCUAUUUUAUGGUACAAAGCAAAUAUAACAUCGUUGGUGAUAACUAUUCUAUGGGGAUGUGAGGAGGCAAAAGGGACAGUAAUACAGUAGACAAUUUAACUACUAAUGUAUAAUCAGGGACUGUAGGCAUAAUAUCAGAUCAGUGUGCCAGCUUGUUGCAAGUGUCCCCAUUCAUCCUAUACCAGAGGUCGGCAGGCUUUUCAGCAUAGGUCUGGGAGCAAUCCGAGGUGGUCCAUAUAAUGGCAGUCUCCUUUGUUGCGGCUGCACAGUUCAAGCUGCAAGCUGCCGCUUGAGCAGGCCUCCCGGCUUGUCUGAGUGCAUGCCACUGGUCUUGUUGAGCGGGCUGCGGUAUGCAGUCUCAUGAGUGUACUCGAUAUUGCGAGCCGUGUAGACCCGUCCACUUUCGGGCCUGCCCCUCCCACUUUUCCUCCUCGCGGAGGUGUUUCCAAGAUCUCUAUGCUUGCCGGGACUCCGAUAUGCGAUAGUGGGUGCAUGCCUCUCAGGUGCGGUGGCUUGUUGCAGGUGUAUACUUGUUUCUAGUGUAUCAUAUAGUAAGCAUAUCCUUUUUUGUCCCGGUCGUGGGCUGCCCAGGGUGUACAGCCCUGGCUGGUUGUCAUGCUGUAGGUGUUCUGGAUUUCUUCCCAAAAUUUAGUAGCUGAGGCAGCCGGUGCUUGUGUGCUAGCUUAGCCCAGAACUGCUCCCACAUGGCUUCGAACCGUGCAUUGGAGGCUGCCUCCCAGUCACUGGGGGUCUGUUGCUGUGCUUGGGUGAUGCUGCCGUCGGCCAUUUUGUUCGGGACUCGUGGCUCUCUCUUGCCCGUCACGCACCCUAAUACAGCGCUUGGUUGAGUAUUCUCUGCUCUGAUGUGUGGACCGGGAUGACCCCAACCGGUCCGGGGAGGGGAGAUUUUUCCUGGGGGUUCCAUUCCCUGCUCUUGUGCCCGUGGAGCGCCCGUCUCCUCGUGGCUCGGUCGUGGGUAGGCCACAGGCCUCGAUAUGUUUGGUCUGCUACGCCAGUGCUCGGGAGAGGUAUCAUUCUAUGCAGCAGCCCCUCACGGUUGUGGAUCUCUUGGUCUGCGGUUUGUGGGUAGUAGUAGCUGGGUGUAAUUCCCUGUGUUCUGUCCCCAGACGUUGGAGCUCUCUCCUAACACGUCUGGGUUGCUUGGCUCCGCACCCUUUUUAUAUAUUUUUAUCUCUUCUUGUGAUCUUCUAGAAUACCCUAUUUCUUAUUACCUUAUAGUAGACAGUGAGUUAAAAUCCAUAUAUGUUAUAUCCUUAUGUAGUGCGUCAAAGUUUCUUAUUACCUUAUAUUAAUCAGUGAAAUAGAAAAAUAUGUUUAAUAUCUUUAUGUGUAAUGCCUGUAUUAAUAUUUCUACUCUACUUUCUAUAUAAACGUGCAAGAAAGUAAUACCACAAAAAAAAUAAAAAUAAAAUUCUCCACAACCAAAAUAGUAUACUCUCCUUAUAUACCCCAUGUUAAAUGGGGGGAGGGAGAGGGAAGAAGGAAGAGAAAAGGGAACUAUAUUCUCUCCUCCCUCCUUUCCGCCCCUCCCCAUUCCAGCUUCCUAAUAUAUAAAUAUAUAUAUAUAUAUAUAUAUAUAUAUAUAUAUAUAUAUAUAUAUAAAAAUUAAAAAAAAAAAAUACAUAAAUAACUAAGAAUAAGGAGAAGGAAUAGUUUUCAUCCUUUAUCCUUCAUCUUCUUCAUAAGCUCAGUUUCCCCAAUCACUUUUCUAUUAGGCCGAUUUUCAUCAACUAAUUUUUUUGCCUUUUCUGGGUAUUCAAAAAUAAAUAAUUGAUUAUCCCAAUUAAACAUUAUUCUUGUCGGGUGGAGCCAUCUGUACACAAUUUUUUUGUUUCUCAAACAUUGGGUAAUUUCACUAAAUUUUUUCCUGUUUAGCCUCAUUGCUAACGAAAGAUCUGUGAAGAAAGUGAUGUUUCUGGAGAGGGUGUUUUGUUGAAUUCUCUUAAGAACAGAUCUUUGAAAUAUGAGUUGUUAAUUGUAUAAUUGUAUCUCGUGGUUUGUUUGCAAAUGAUGAUGAUUUUGGUUUAGGGAGUCUUUCAAACUGGAGGUUUCCCAUUUUCUCUUCUUCUGUGACACUGGAGACUAAUUUUUUGCAGUAAUCUUCAAGCUGAUAAUUUUUUAUGUCUUCUGUGAUACCCCUUAUUCUCAGAUUUCUUCUUCUAGACCGAUCUUCAAGGUCUGCUAAUUUAGAUUCGGUUUUAGACAAUAUUUCUUUUAUGUUCUGAUUUUCAUUUUGGAGUGCUUCGCAUUCCUUUCUGUUGCGGCUCCGGGCACGCCGCAUGGCGCAGCCGUGCCUGACCGGCACGAACUCGCCGAUAUUGCUAGAUUACCUGCUCGCCGGGAACCGCUCCUCCGCGUCUUCUGGGCAUUGCGCCCAAAUCAAAGAUGGCGUUGACCACGUGGUCGUGCACACCACAAGCUACGCUCUCAAAUUUAUACGGACGUGGGCAUGACGUCACGACGUCAACGCACGCGCACGUUCUGUGGUUAGUGGUCACCCUCUGACCAAUCAGAGCCCAGAGAGGUAUAUCUAAAUCCCUAAUUCACUCCAGUUCCUGGCCCUGUCGUGGUUUCCUGUUCCUGGUUCCCGAGAGUGCGUUUAUCUUUGUGAAUCUGACUUCCUGGUAUCCUGAUCUUGGCUUUUCACUGGUUAUUCCGGAAUUCUGGUUCCCCUGACUUGGCUUGUUUAAACGGUAUCUGAGUAUUUCUGGAUUUCUUGACCUCGGCUUUCCCUUCGACCAUUCUCUAUCUCUAGCGUAUUAGUCCGGCCAUUCUAAGGUCCGGAUUAUGCUCUGUCCUUUUAUUUCCUUUCCUUUUUUAUGUAUAUGUUUACAUAGUUUCUGCGUGUUGGACCAUACUAGCAGCCGUGACACUUUCUUAAUAAUUUGACUUGUUCUGUCUGUAUAGAUAGAUUUUGCAUAAUCUGAGCAAUUUGUUGCUUUCAUUCAUUUGAAUUUAAUUUCAAAUCAACUUUGAUUUUCUCCAACAGAUCAUCUAAUGCUUGUGUGAGCAUCAAUUGAUUGACUGGGCCAAGUAUUUCAUUAGCAGUAUCACUACCCUCCUCACUGCAAGGUUAAACUUGCCAAGAAUUUUGGAAGAUAAACAAGAGAUGUUAAACCAACCCUUCACUAUAGGAGAGUUGAAAAAGUAAUAAUGGGAUUGAAAGCAAGGAAAUCGCCAGGUCCCAACGGAUUUACAGCACUGUUCUAGAAGAUAGCGGACCCCAUGAUUUCCCCACUGCCAAUCAGAAUGUUCAAUUAUUUUGGGGGAAAGGGAGACAUACCUCAAGAAAUGCUCCAAGCCUCUAUUUGCCCAAUUCCAAAAGUGGGGAAAGAUCUGAGCAUAAUUACAAACUACAGGCCCAUUUCACUUAAAAAUAUAGAUGUGAAAUUAUUUCCAAAAAUUCUGGCAAACAGACCGGAGGGCAUACUAUUACACCCUAUUUUAGGCGGCUCUAAAUGCCGCCGGGCGUAAUUGUACGCCCUCCGUUUUUUUUUUUACUUACCCGGUCGCCGGCGACCCCAUGCCGGCAAUCGCGGUUGGGGAGACUCCCAGGGAGCCCCCCGCGGCACAUCCGACCUCCUGCAGCCCCCUCCGGCCAUGUGAGAGUGAGGUCCUUGCGAGGACCUCACAAUCACAUGGCUGGGUUAGCUGCCUGCUGCAUUGCCAGCAGGGGGACUGCCUGUAAUGACAGUUAGACCCCCUGCUGACUGAAUUCAAAUAAAAUUUAAGUUUUCUAAGUGUAAAAAAAAAUAAUUAUAUACUUAGAUCAUAUAUAUAUAUAUAUAUAUAUAUAUAUAUAUAUAUAUAUACACACACACAUAUACAUAUAUACACAUAUACACAUAGACAUACAUACAGACACAUACACUGUCUAGGUGUAUUUUACUAUUAAUAUAUAUAUAAUUAUAUAUAUAUAUAUUUUAAUAUAAAAUUACACGUAGACUGGUACUGAUUAAAUAUAUAUAAUUAUUGUUAUAUAUAUAUAUUUAUAUAUAAUAUUAAAAAAAUAUGUAAUUACGUUAAAAAAUAAAAUAAUUAAAAAUAAAUAAUUAAAAAAAUAUAGAUGUGUUAUUUCGUUCUAACUGUAUUGGUAUAUUUAUAUAUAUAUAUAUAUUUAUAUCGAAAUACACGUAGAACGAAAUAAUAUAUAUAUCUAUAUACAUAAAUAUAUACGUAUAUAUCACUAUAUAUAUACCUAUAUAUAAAUAAAAAUAUUUAAAAAAAAAUUAUAUUUCCUGGCUAAUCAUGGCAUCAUAUACACCCUCAUGGCAGUAUGUUUUCCUGGCACUAUAGUGGUCCUUUAAGCUCCCUCUAUAAUUUUAAAUACUCUACUACUUUCACCAUUUUUUUUGCAGUGUGCUGUAAAGUGCACAGUGUAUGAUAUAAUUAAUCUCUACAAUCUUCUUUCUAUGUGAUUCCCCUUUUUACCCGGUUUUAUUCUUACCAGGCCAGUCCUGGGCUGCCUGAGACCUUUAGGAGUCUUCCUAACUGCAAUUAGGGUCCCAGGCUUUCCGUCCUCGGUUCUCCCAGGUCGGGAGCUUGGAUAGGAAGCCCGCACAUGCGCAAUGCGCUCGGUUCGUUUUGGCACCAGAAUGCAGUCUGGGUAAGGUCACAAGGUCACGGUGGCCAUCUUUACUAUGGGCAAAAUCCGAAAAUUACAGGUAAUUUGCAGAAAACGCCAGAAACAGGUUAGUAAAUGGCUGGUACUAUUUAAAAGAAGCUGGAACUCGAAGAGGUUGUUGUGGAUUCAGUUAUUUUACAAUUUGAAUUGGAUUUUCUAAAGAGAAGCUAGGACUCUGGAAUCAUUUCUAUUCUUUGCCACAGGUUGGUGUAUUUCUGAUAUACAUGUAUCCCUUUAUUUUGAUAAUUUGUUUUGUGUAUUCUAAGAGAAUUAUUUGAAAGCAGAGAGUCACACCGGACCAGCACUCCUGUCUGCCCUGAAUGCACAGGUGGAUCAGUGGCUGACUCCGCACCAACUGGAGAUCGGCAAAGUGGUUUGUGACAACGGAAGAAAUUUGUUGGCGGCAUUACAUUUGGGCAAGUUGACACAUGUGCCGUGCAUGGCACAUGUGUGUAAUCUGAUCGUACAACUCUUUGUGCAUAAGUACCCAGGCUUACAGGACGUCCUGAAGCAGGCCAGGAGGGUGUGUGGCCAUUUCAGGCGUUCCUACACGACCAUGGCGCACUUUUCAGAUAUCCAGCGGCGAAAAAACAUGCCAGUGAGGCGCUUGAUUUUCGACAGCCCGACACGUUGGAAUUCAACACUCCUAAUGUUCGACCGCCUGCUCCAACAAGAAAAAGCCGCUAACGAGUAGUGCUAGGACAGCCUCUGCGGAGCUGGGAAUUUUUUUGCCACGUUACUAGACGCUCAUGCGCAAUGCCUGUAGGCUCAUGCGUACUUUUGAGGAGGUGACAAACUUAGUCAGUCGCACCGAAGGCACCAUCAGCGACAUUAUACCAUUUGUUUUCUUCCUGGAGCGUGCUCUGCGAAGAGUGCUGGAUCAGGCCGUAGAUGAGCGUGAAGAGGAAGAGUUGUGGUCACCAUCACCACCAGAAACAGCCUUAUCAGCAUCGCUUGCUGGACCUGCGGCAACGCUGGAAGAGGAUUGUGAGGAAGAGGAGUCAGAGGAGGAAUGUGGCUUUGAGGAGGAGGAAGACCAACCAUAACAGGCAUCCCAGGGUGCUCGUUGUCACCUAUCUGGUACCCGUGGUGUUGUACGUGGCUGGGGGGAAGAACAUACCUUCAGUGAGAUCACUGAGGACGAGGAACAGGACAUGAGUAGCUCGGCAUCCAACCUUGUGCAAAUGGGGUCUUUCAUGCUGUCGUGCCUGUUGAGGGACCCUCGUAUAAAAAGGCUGAAGGAGAACGACCUGUACUGGGUGUCCACGCUACUAGACCCCCGGUAUAAGCAGAAAGUGCCUGAAAUGUUACCAAAUUACGGCAAGUCGGAAAGGAUGCAGCAGUUCCAAAAUCAAUUAAAAAGUAUGCUUUACACAGCGUAUAAGGGUGAUGUCACAGCACAACGGGAAUCUAACAGGGGAAGAGGUGAAAGUAAUCCUCCUCCUCCCACGACAACGCCGGCAAGGACAGGACGCUUUACAGACGUGUUGUUGAUGGAGGUCAUGCGGAGCUUUUUAAGUCCUAUGCAUCGCCACAGCCCUUCGUGGUCCACCCUCAGAGAACGACUCGACCGACAGGUAGCAGACUACCUCGCCUUAAUUGCAGAUAUUGACACUCUGAGGAGCGAUGAACCCCUUGACUACUGGGUGUGCAGGCUUGACCUGUGGCCUGAGCAAUCCCAAUUUGCGAUAGAACUUCUGGCCUGCCCCGCUUCAAGUGUCCUGUCAGAAAGGACCUUCAGUGCAGCAGGAGGUAUUGUCACUGAGAAGAGAAGUCGCCUAGGUCAAAAAAGUCUAGAUUACCUCACCUUUAUUAAGAUGAAUGAGGGAUGGAUCCCGAAGGGACUGACAGUGGUCGAUACAUUUGACUAAAAAAUGCCUGAUGAGUGGGACGCAACAGGUUGUCGCGACUGCCGGCCCGCCACAUGAUAUUUAAAUCCCUAGCUCACCCCAGUACCUUGCCCUGUCGUGGUUUCCUGUUCCUGGUUUCCUGAGAGUGCUUUAUCAUUGUGAAUCUGAUUUCCUGGUAUCCUAAUCUUGGCUUUUCCCUGGUUAUUCUGAAUUCUGGUUUCCCUGACUUGGCUUGUAUAAAUGGUAUUGUGUAUUUUCUGGCUUCCUUGACCUCGGCUUUCCCUUUGACCAUUCCCUGUCUCUAGCGUAUUAGUCCGGCCAUUCUAAGGUCCGGUUUACGCUCUGUCCUUUUAUUUUCCUUUUCUUGCCUAUGUAUAUGUUUACAUAGUUUCUGCGUGCUGGACCACACUAGUAGUCGUGACAUUGGGAUUAAACUGAUAAGAAUAGUACUACUUAACACACCACUCCUAUCUGGUGGCACAUUAGAUUGCACGCGCAGUGCCCCAAAUUUGAAGGAGGACCGACCAAGCAUCUUUUUCCAUCUCCCGGUUCCUAAAAUCGAUGCCAUAUACACGUCCCCUGAUAGGGACGUAACAGGGAUUAAACUGAUAGGAAUAAUACUACUUAACACACCUUAUAAUAAUGCAGAGAGAGGCAACGCAGAGAGAGGAGUCUGAAGAAGAGGAGUCAGAGGAGGAAGGUGGCUUUGAGGAGGUGGAAGACCAAAUACAGCAGGCGUCCCAGGGGGCUUGUUGUCACCUUUCGGGGACCCUUGGUGUUGUACGUGGCUGGGUGGAGGAAGAGACCUUCAAUGACAUCAUUGAGGUCAAGGAACGGGACAUGGCUAGCUUGGUAUCCAACCUUGUGCAAAUGGGGAGUUUGCGGUUGUGCAAAUGGACUGUUUGCGGUUGUUUGCGCUGCGUUAAACAGGGAGUUUGGUCUGUCACUGUGAAGCGGGCGUAACCCUUACACUACCUGAUCGAUACAACAUCAUACCUGAUGUUUUAAAGCAUGUUAUUCCAAACAAUUUGGGAAUGUUAGGUGAUUUAUGCCCUUUAUGGAUUAAAACCAGACUCUGCAUCAACUAUGUAAUUUUCCAUGGGAGUUUUGCCAUGGAUCCCCCUCCGGCAUGCCACAGUACAGGUGUUAGUCCCCUUUUCCAUCACUAUUGUGGCCAGAAAGAGUCCCUGUGGGUUUUAAAAUUUGCCUGCCUAUUGAAGUCUAUGGCAGUUCGCCCGGUUCGCCGUUUGCGAACCGAAAAUUUUAUCACUAUUCCUUUCCUUUAUUUGGGGAAGCAAGAAACCCAGAAUUGCGCAGAACAUAAUCAAAAGGGAUAGUAUAUAAAUAGGAUUGGGCUUCCCCGAUCUGAAUCUAUUACACAAUGUAACCAUGUUCACACAUGUGAAGGCCUGGGGCAAAAUUAAAAAACUGGAUGGUUCCAUUGUGUAAAUUCUCAGCAUGGAUUUUCAAAUCCAGUAUAUAUUUUUUGGAUUAAGCAGUCUAUGAUUAAACAUUUAAAUUAAAAAAAUCCAUUGCUUAAAGACGCAGUUAAGAUCAGGGCAAAGGUGAGUGCCAGAUUAGGAUCUAAAGACUAUCUCAGUCAGGCUACACUCCUCAAAAUUCUUAAAUAUAUAUACACAGGAUUUAGAUGUAUCUUGAUGGGAUCAUGUGGGUAUUAAUACCUUAGCCGAUAUUACGAUAGAGGGGAAAAUACUGCUGUUUGACGUUAUACAAUCUAAAUAUAAUUAAAUAGAGAUAUCUUUCUCUAUCUUAGAAUAAAGAAAUGAGAAAGGGAUAUGUAAAUCUAUAAUUCAUUAGAAAAUUGGAAAGAAGUUCUGGAACUGGUUAAAAAAAAGUAUACACGCCAUUAAUUUACAGGAAGUACAGGUGAUACUCAAAAAAUUAGAAUAUCGUGCAAAAGUUCAUUUAUUUCAGUAACGCAACGUAAAAGUGGAAACUAAUAUAUGAGAUAGACGCAUUACAUGCAAAGCAAGAUAGUUCAAGCCGUGAUUUGUCAUAAGUGCGAUGAGUAUGGCUUAUAGCUCAUGAAAACCCCAAAUCCACAAUUUCAGUAAAUUAAAAUAUUGUGAAAAGGUGCAAUAUUCUAGGCCCACAUUGUCCCACUCUAAUCAGCUAAGCCAUAACACCUGCAAAGGGUUUCUGAGCCUUUAAAUGGUCUCUCAGUCUGGUUCAGUAGGAUCUGCUGACCUGACAGUUGUGCAGAAAACCAUCAUUGACACCCUCCAUAAGGGUCAAAAGGUAAUUGCGAAGGAAGUUGGAUGUUCCCAAAGUGCUGUAUCAAAGCACAGUAAUAGAAAGUUAUGUGGAAGGGAAAAGUGUGGAAGAAAAAGGUGCACAAGCAGCAGGGAUGACCGCAGCCUGGAGAGGAUUGUCAGGAAAAGGCCAUUCAAAAGUGUUGGGGACUUUCACAAGGAGUGGACUGAGGCUGGAGUCAGUGCAUCAAGAGCCACCACACACAGACGGAACCUGGACAUGGGCUUCAGAUGUCGUAUUCCUCUUGUCAAGCCGCUCCUGAAUAACAAACAACGUCAGAAGCGUCUUACCUGGGCUAAAGAAAAACUGACCUGAUCUGUUGCUCAGUAGUCCAAAGUUCUCUUUUCUGAUGAGGGCAACUUUUGCAUUUCAUUUGGAAACCAAGGACCCAGAGUCUGGAGGAAGAAUGGAGAGGCACACACUGCAAGACGCUUGAAGUCCAGUGUGAAGUUUCCACAGUCUGUGUUGAUUUGGAGAGCCAUGUCAUCUGCUGGUGUUCACUGUGCUUCAUUAAGUCCAGGGUCAACACAGCCGUCUACCAGGAGAUUUUAGAGCACUUCAUGCUUCCUUCUGCAGACAAGCUUUUUGGGGAUGCUGACUUCAUAUUCCAGUAGGACUUGGUGUUCUGUCUCUAGGACAGAGAGCUAAACCUUCCUGCUCCAUAAACUUCAGAUACCAUAUUUCUUUGAUCUCAAAUUUAUAAGAACAAGCCAGGUGAAACUACAAAAUAGUAGAAAUAAACAUCAAUCAGUACAGUACUGCAUACAACAAAGAAACAAGGAUCAAUAAUACAGGAUAGGAUAACAAGAACUCAUUUUUUAAGCUCUCUAAGGGGUGAUGGCUAGGGAUGAGAAGAACAUGACUUGCGGCUUACUGUAUCUUCCCAAAAUGGAGGCUGAUACACUUCCUGUAGAAGGUCUGCCCAUAAUACUGUACUUUCUAACAACUUUAUUUAAACCUCCUGAGUUACAAUAUAUGCAGAACUAGAGCUAUACCAAAAAGGAACAGUAGAUGGUGCCUGAGCUCUACAUAACCAGCUGGUGUAAGUAAAGGAACCAAACAUGUUAUUCUAAACAACAAAACACAAAUAUACUGAAUAACAUCUGGAGGACAGAACACUUGGCACCUGCCCACACUGCCAAAAGCACGAAAGCCAGGUUCAAUGAACGUGGGAUUACUGUGCUUGAUUGGCAAGCAAACUCACCUGACCUGAACCCCAUAGAGAAUCUAUGGGGCAUUGCCAAGAGAAAGAUGAGAGACAUGAGACCGAACAAUGCAGAAGAGCUGAAGGGCACUAUUAAAGCAUCCUGGUCUUCCAUAACACCUCAGCAGUGCCACAGGCUGAUAGCUUCCAUGCCACGCCGCAUUGAGGCAGUAAUUUCUGCAAAAGGGGCCCAAACCAAGUACUGAGUCCAUAUGCAUGCUUAUACUUUUCAGAGAAAAAUUAGUUAAGAACAUUGGAUACCAAAGUCUAAUGUAACAAAAAUAAAAAAAUAAAAACAUUAUUUAUCUUACAAAAUAAAAAGUACAAAUUUAGUACCCUGGUUCCUUCUAACUAUAUAGCAUGUUCCUCCAGCUGUUUGGAACCACAGUCAAUCACCUCCUAAUUCCCUUUGCAUGUUAUCAGUUAUUGCAAUCACACUAUAAAUUAUCUCUGCCAUCACCUACAAAUUCCUCUGCUAGCUCUUGUCUCAUCUCCCCAUUUUACUUUUAGAUUGUAAGCCCCUGGGCAGGGCCUUCUUUCUUUUGUUUCAGUCUGUUUAUAUUGUAUUGUUCUUUCCCAAUUGUGGGGCACUGUAAAAAAAUAUGUUGGCUCUUUAUAAAUGGCAGUAAUAAUAAUCAUAAUAAUAUAUUCACUAUUUGAGGCUUUUUUUCUUUGGUUCUUGAAAGAGAUCUAGUUGUGAUAUUUGGUAUCUCAGUUCAUUACUUCCUCCAUUGCUCCCACUUUUUUGGAGGUCCUGACACAUUGAAACAAGGCUUAUUUUCCAACCCUACUCAUUUCAAUCAUUGUACAGAGCUGCGGAAUUUGUUGGCGCUUUAUAAAUAAUAAUAAUUUCUAGGUUGCUUGCAGCUUUCAUCUCGUCAUUUACCAUGCCAUAGGAAGAGGAAAAAUAAGUUGCUCAGGUUACUGACUCAACAAUGAGAAUUGUCUUAAUAUAAGGGCCAAGUUUUCUUAAUCUUAAAGGCCCACAAAAUGAUUUUUUUUAAAUUUGCUAUUUAGAAUUGUUUAUGGGAUGGGGGCACAUGCAUUCUUUAUCUAGAGGUACCUGAUAACACACAUGAUUGUAUCUUACUGUAUAUUCACAGACGCAACAAACCAGGAAAGUAUUAAAGCAGCGUAUAAAGCAGUUCACGACAGACUGAAAGGAUGUGGUUUAAAUAUGAUUAUAAAUAACGCUGGUAUUUUUGUGGGAAAGAAUAAGGAACUGCCCAAUGAAGAAAGAAUGAUAGUUACAUUCAAAACCAAUACCAUCGGACCCUUGAUCGUUACUAAGGUAUCAUUUUCCAUUUUUCCAUUUCCAUUUUAGUAGUAUACUUAUAGACUUAACUGUAUCCAAUUUAAGGGACACCCUAAGCACAAAAACCACUACAGUUCAUUGUAGUGAUUAUAAUGCAAAGAGACAAUUUUUUUUUUAGCAGUUUGUCAAAAGAUGAGGUUCUCCUUACAGCAUGAAUUCUCAGCUGCCAGUAGGCCGAUUCAAAAGUAGACUUCUACAGUAGCCCAUAUGAACUGGGACAGCAAUGAUAGGUUUGAGAGCGCAAUGGCAAGUAAGCUCAGCAUCAUCAACCAAAUAUAGUCCAUCUAAUGCAGAAUAUCUAUAUACAAAAUUAAAAGAUCCAGGCAGAGCAUGGUAAAAUCAUUUACAGGCUCCAGCCCUUUAUUAAAGAUUAGUCAAGCAUCCACAUCUACAACCUAUAUGGUAAAUCAUUACAUUGUAGGUGGUAAAGGCACAAACUUCUUCAUAGUUAAUCUAGUACAGGGGUGCCCAAUGGGAAGGUCCCCAGAUGAUUAAAACUACAGUUUCCAUGAUGCUUUGUCAUUCUAAAUACAUUCCAAACGCAUGUAAAGCAUGGGAGUUGUAGUUCUACAACAUCUGAGGAUCUACCUUUGCAGGGAUCACCCCUGAUCUAGUACAUAUCACAUGUAUGUACAGAGAAUUAAGAUCGCACAGGGCCUUAGGCAUGUUACCGGUCUGGGCCCUCCUGUUCUUUCUUCACAUAGGGCUGGUGAAUGGAGCCAGGCAUAUUAAUGGGACUCCUCUCUAAUCUCUGGGCAUUAGGCAGCUUCCUACGGUCAUCUUAUGGGUAAUCACCAUAUGGUCAGUCCUGCUCUGUGUGUAUUCUUUGAAAAUAUAAACUAAUACAUUUGAGUAUAAAUGAAUGUUUAGCAGGUAUUACAAAACCAUGUUUGCAUGUUAGAUUUGCAGUGUCUUUCAUCAAUAAACCAAUAAUUUCAUCAUAUCAUCAAUAUACUAUUCAUAAAUAAUCCAGUGAUCCAACCACUAUUAUAUCUGACAUAUUGUAUAAUAGAACGCAAGGGAUUUCAAUUAUCCUGUAUAAUGUAUAAUUACAGUUUCAUGUCUUUCCUAAAUCAUUGGAGGCUUGAACCACUUUACUCUAAAAUCUUCAUUUUACUUGUUAGGAAUUCCUUCCCUUGCUCAAGAAAGCUGUCCAAGAAAGCCCAGAUGAGAAGAUGAGCUGCAGCAAGGCAUCUGUGAUCAAUAUAAGCAGCGAGCUUGGCUCUAUAACAAACGUUCCAGACAUGUAUUCAAUGUUUCCAGCUAUUGACUAUAGAUGCAGUAAGGUAAAUAUGUUCAUAAGCCUUAAAGGGACACUGUUGGCACCCAGACCACUUCAGCUCAUUGUUGGACUACAGAUCCCCAUAAUUCUUGGUCAGUAAUGUCCAACUGUAAUCCAACAUUAGCUAGAGCAGGGGUGCACAAGAGGUAGAUCCCAAGAUCUUGUAGAACUACAACUCCCAUGAUCCAUUGCAUGUCUUUAGAAUGGCAAAGCAUCAUGGAACCCCCCCCCCCUCCAAGUUAGAGUGUACCCCAUUAAACACUCACAUUUCAAUAAUGACAUCCACAGGUCGCCUUGAAUAUGCUGACUCGCUGCCAAUCAGAGUCUUACAAGAAGGAUGGAAUCCUGUGUGUUGUUAUUCAUCCUGGCUGGGUGCAGACUGACAUGGGAGGUCCAGAGGUUUGUAUUAUAAGCAAAUUUUCCUGUCUUAUUUACCACGUUGGUCAUGUUGACAACCUAGUCAUUGGAUGCCAUGUGAUACAUAUAUUUUAUUUAGAAUUUUGUAAAUUAAGUAUAUCAGCAUUAUAUUUUUUAAUUUUAGGUUUUACAACUGAUUUAAAUUUUAUUAUCAGGAGAUAACUAAAUAUUUCCAAAUCCAUCUUUAUUAUAUGAUGUGGUUAUGGUCACACGUGAAUGGAUAUUGCAAAUGUUGGCUUAAGGGACACUCCUGGUACCCAGACCACUUCAGUAAAUUGAAGUGGUCUGGGUGCUGUGCCCCUGUUGCACUUAGUGCUGCAAUGUAACACAUUGCAGUUCCAGAGAACUGCAAUGUUUACAUAACAGCUCUAAGCCUGCCCUCUGUGGCUGUCUAUCAGACAGCCACUGGGGGCGCCUCCAGAUUUGUAACAGACUUUUGGUCCAUUAUCUGAUGCUGGACGACCUCCAGCGUCAGAUUUUCCCCAUAGGAAGGCAUUUAAUAAUGAUUUUCUAUGUGGAGGUUUAACCCCUUAAGGAUACAUGACAUGUGUGACAUGUCAUGAUUCCCUUUUAUUCCAGAAGUUUGGUCCUUAAGGGGUUAAUGCGUGUGCUUGGUAGUUGCCGUGCAUGCAUAUUAGGUCUCCCCCGCCGGCUGACGUCGGUGGGGAGAAGUGUUGGCGGAACAUGACCCAGCGCAGAGGGACAUCGGAUUUGGAUUCAGGUAAGUAGCUGUAGUGGCAGGAGGGAGGGGGGCACUACAGAAUCCUGCAGUGCCAGGAAAACAAGUUUGUUUUCCUGGCGCUGGAGAGUCCCUUUAAGGCUAAGAUAUCCCUUCUAGGGCAGACCAUUCUCUAAACCACAAUCUAAUUAGAGUAGGCAAAUUAACAUGACCCUACAACCACACAAUAGGUAUCUAUUUAGCAUUUUUAUCUAUUUGUGUGUUUAAAGGGACAGUAUAGUCACCAAAACAACUAACUUAGUAAAGAGGUUUUGGUGUAUAUGUCAUGCCCCUCUAGUCUCGUUGCUUAAUUCUCUGCCAUUGAAAAGUAAAUUCAAUUUUCAAAUUAUUAUUAUUGGUAUUUAUAUAGUGCCAAAUUAUUCAGCAGUUCUAUUAUGAAAGGGGGAAAUUUAACAAAAAAAAGAGACAUUUAUAAAAUGAUACAGGAACAAUAGGUAGAUGAGGACCCUGCCUAAACAAACUUACAGUCUAGAGAAGUUGGGGUAUAAAAACACAAUAGGCAGCAAGAGGGACAGCAACCAAACAAGGUGGAAAACUAGCAGAACUGAAGGUGAGAAUGGAUGGGUGGCUCUUUAGGAGAGAGCAAAAGACAGAUAUGUGACAUAGAAGUUACACUGGGAGACCAUAAGCAUUUCGGAACAGAUGGGUUUUAAGGGACUUCAUAAACAGUUGAAGACUAGAGGAGAGUCUGAUGGGGGUAGACAGCAUGUUCCAAAUGAAGGAGCCAUCCAUGAAAAGUCGUGCAAGUGCAACUUAGCAGUAAGGCUGCGAGCAGCGGACAGGAGAAGGUCACCGCCGGAGCGGAGAGACCGAGAAGGGGCAUAUCUAUGAAUCAGUGGAGAAAUGUAACAGGGGCUUGAGUUGUUUAGAGCUUUAUAGGUAAGGUAUAUUCUUUUACCAUAUAUGUCAAAAGUGUUUAACUCAUUCUGGUCUGAGGGAAAGAUGCCUGGGGAGUCACUGUGUGCACAGAUUACAACCCUGCUGAAACCGAGCAAAAAUUCAGGAUAGAUGUACAAGUUUUUACCCAAUUGCUUUAAUAAAAAAAGAUGUAAAACUGUAUGCAAAGAUUUUGGCCGAUAGGUUGGCGCAGAUUAUCCCUGCAAUAAUAGAUAGAGACCAGGUAAGUUUUAUUACAGGAAGACAAGCCCCAGAUGGUAUCAGAAGGUUCAUUAACAUAAUCCACCAAAUUAAAUCAAAUAGAACACCUUAAUAUAUUGAUUACAUUUAUACCGGAUUCUUUUAUAAAUGCAAUAUUUGCACUUUACCUUAACACUACAGCUAAAUUAUUUGCCACUGGUUGUGCCUCUACGUCUUUCCAUUGACAAAUGGUACCAGACAAGGGUGCCCACUGUCAACACUUUUUUUUGCCUUAGUAAAUCAUUAGCAGCAUUCAUUAGAAAUACAACAGAAAUCAAAAGAGUUUCAGUGGAAGAUAAAGAGCAUAAAAUCUACCUUUUCAUAGACGAUGAUAUUUUAUCUCUAAUGGAACCUAAGGUAUCUAUAGUCCCAUUAUUUGGCAUACUAGCAGAAUUUGGAGAGAUUUCAUAUUACAGGCUCAACCCAGGUAAGACACAAGCUUUACCAAUAAACAUUCCAUGGUAUGAUCUGGAUAAUUUAAGGUGACAGUUUUUCUUUGAUUGGAGAGACUAAUUUAUUGAUUAUUUGGUAACCUAUGUAAGAAUUGGAACAAAAUGCAUACCAAUAAUCUUAAAAAAGCAAAAAGAUCUAGAUAAUAAGUGUAACCUAGAAAUCCGUGGUUGGGAAAACUGUGCUAUUCCUUUAACUAAACCAAAAAACAACAACUUUUUUUCCAAACAGAUGCAUUUGGCAUUGAUUAGAUUCAUAUGGGGGUAAUAAAAUGAGUCAACUUAAAUUCUCGGUUCUACAGAAUCUUAAAAUUCAUGGACGUAUGGGGAUGCCACAUUUCUUUAAAUAUUUUCAUGCUACCUAUGCAGCUGUAGCAUUAAAAUUUAACCAACAACUACAAUAUCCAAGGUGGUGAGAGGGAAAGGGAUUGCAUGCUGCCACACCCUAUAAAAGAGGUGUGACGAUAGUCACCAUCACCGGGGAUAGGAGACCUAUACUUUAUGUAGGUCCCCAGAGUACUAUUUUGUUACAGGGACAUGUCCCAUCGUUCCUGGGAUACUUCCAGACCAGUGAACCCAGGGUUGUGGGGUAGGGCUUCCUCUUGCUUGGGUGGAAAGGAGAUUUCAUUGUUUCAGGUUGUUAGAAUUAUAUGCACAAAAUAGAGCUGAGCCUUUGCUUGGUUUGAUGGGGCUGAGGUUUGUUUUCAGCAAGAAAAACAAGGAAUUAUGGGAAGAAGACUUGAUGGGGAAAUGUAUGUGCCAUUAGAUACCCAUUGUAUGCAAAUGACCCUCUGUGUGUAUAAAUACCGCUGCACAGUUCUUGUCCACAGCAGGGCCAGUGCAAGGAUUUUUAGCUACACAAGCAAAGAUUAAUUUACAGCACCUUCUCCCUUCUUCCCCCCCCCGCCAAAAAAAAAAUGCCUCUUCACCUGUGUGUCUUGUAACCUCCCCUUUUCAAUUUCUUAGCCCUUUUAGUGUUUCAUAUGCCCUCUUGUGAAUGUCUUACUCCUUUGCCCCUUUAGUGUAUUUUAUUCCCCUUUUAGUGUGUUAUUCAACCCACCCCCUUGUGUGUCUCUUCCUUUCCCGAGCCUCUUUGUAUGUCUCUUAAGAAAACUGGUUUGGAAAAAACAUAUAAUAUAAUCCUAGUAUAAGUGGCACUGUAACACGACGUGAUUAUUACUUGAUGCCUAGGCCCAUCCUAAAAGCAGAUUAUGUGCUUGCUUGGGAGAAACAUCUAGGGGCCCUGUACGACCUGGAGGAAUGGCUCAGUUUCUGUCAGGAUUAUAUUUGAUCCAGCAUGCGGAAUAGUAUCACACCUAGGACUAAGGAUAACAUCUAACCGGACUUUAGAAUGUCUGGAAUUAACGUACCGCAUAAUAGUCAAAAUACUUUCCGAGGUCAGGGACACAGAAUGAGACACAACGAUGAGGAAAGCCAGAAUUCAAGGAUACCAGAAAUCAGGAAAGUCAAAACGAAGCUAAAGUCAAAUACCAGAAAAACGCAAUCAGGAAUACACUCUCAGAUAACCAGCUAUUGGAAACCACGGCAGAGCACUGACAAAAAGGUAAUUUGGGUUUAAAUAACCCUCCUUAGGCUGUAAUUGGCUGUCUCUGACCCCAAAACAUGCGUGUGUGUCUAUGAAGUGAUGCUGCACGCACGUUGGCACCAUCUUUCAUGAGGGCGAAGGUAAGUUUCUUAUAAAAGUCCGAUCCGCAGCAGCCGGCGUUCCUAAAAACAUCACGCCCGAUGGGGACCGGAACAGAAAGAGACCAGGUAGCUGCCAGCCAAGCCCAAGGUAAGUUUGAAACAUCUUUGACGGCGUGGCUGCUAUGUUUGAGUGCAGCCACGCCAACAGAGAUGUCGGAAGCCGUGACAAUUUCAUUCCUACUUUAAAAGGAAUAGAAUUGUAAUGCUCUAUAAAUUGCUGGGUAGUUUAAUUUUAUAUGAGAUUGAUCAAAUUGUAAAUAGAAUAACUAUAAAUAAUACACUGCUUGUUUUUUAGGCUCCAGUAACAGAGCAGGAGUGUGUUACUGGCAUAAUGGGAGUAUUUGAAAAACUCACGGAAAAACAAAGUGGAUCAUUUUUGGAUUGGAAAGGAAAUACAAUUCCGUGGUGAAUAAUCAAAUCUGCACAAAUCUCUGUUUCUGGAAUCAUAUAUACAUAAAGUCUGCUAUUGCAAAUAAAGUUAAUCUUUUCCUGUUCUGACGGAUCUUCCUACAGAAAAAUAUUAAAUGUCACACUAUGUAAUCAUAUAUACAUAAAGUCUGCUAUUGCAAAUAAAGUUAAUCUUUUCCUGUUCUGAUGGCUCCUCCUACAGAAAAAUAUUAAAUGUCAC